CUCCACGGCUCCGCACUAUCCGCUAACUAUUCGCAAUCGACCGACGUCUUGGAUGUUGGACUUGGGUUAUAAUGACUUGACUUCUGCUAAAUGAACCCGUGGACUAGUAUAAGUUUAUUGCAGUGGCGUAUUUAUUUGACGGGCGAGCCCCGACGGUUAAUCGAGGACUAGUCGAGUGAGAGUUUAGUGCGUGUGCUGCUGUGGCGGCGUGAUGGAGAAGUCGAGGUGGUCGGAGCAGCGCUCCGAACAGCGCUCCGAGCAGCGCAUGCAGCACUCGGAGCGGCACGAGCAGAGCGUGCAGUCUGUGCAGCAGGAGGAACGCGUGCAGCGCACCGAGCACCACUACACGCGCCAGAUGCUCACCCAGCAACGAGUGGAGAGCGCUGGAGACCGGUUGGCUAUCACUUCAGGCAGACCGGGUGAGCCCUCGCCGCCGAUAUUCGAGCAAAUCUUCAAAAAUGCUAGAUUUGCGCAAGGCGGAAAUGCAAAAUUCGAAGGAAAACUUAGGGGUAACCCGACGCCAGUAGUUUCAUGGACGAGAAAGAAAGCACCAUUGGUAGAAUGUAAUAAAUAUAGUAUGAGCUACAACGAACAGACAGGUGAUGUGUCGUUACUUAUCAAGCAAAUAGGGCCUGGCGACGAGGGCGAAUAUACUUGCACAGCGCGCAAUCAGUAUGGCGAAGCCAUCUGCUCCGUGUACAUCCAGCCCGAGGGCGUGGCUAUGCCCACGCAGCAGGCCUCCCAGCAGCAGCAGAGUUACCGACACGUCAGCGAGAGCGUCGAGCACAAAUCCUACGGCACGCAAGGAUUCACAUCCGAGCAGUCCCGACAGACACAGAAAGUGGCCUACACUAACGGCACUUCUGAUUAUUCCUCAUCAGAAGAUUUUAAAGUGGAUACGUUCGAAUAUAGACUUUUGAGAGAAGUAUCAUUCAGAGAGACUAUCACCAGAAGGUACGUGGGCGAAAGUGACAUCCAAAUAAGCACUGAAAUCGAUAGAUCAUUAGGUGCAGUUGCUCCACCAAAGAUAGCUCAGAAGCCCAGAAACUCAAAACUCCAGGAGGGUGCCGACGCUCAAUUCAACGUACAGUUGUCAGGCAACCCCAGACCACGAGUGACGUGGUUCAGAAACGGGCAGAGAUUAGUUAACUCGAACAAACAUGAAAUUAUUACUACACAUAACCAGACCACACUUAGAGUUAAGAAUACGCAAAAGUCUGAUUCGGGCCACUACACGUUAUUGGCUGAAAAUCCCAAUGGAUGCAUUGUAACAUCAGCUUACCUCGCCGUAGAAUCGCCACAGGAAACUUACGUGCAGGAUAACAAAUCACAAUAUAUUAUGGAUUCUCAGCAAACAGAGACUGAAGAAAGAGUAGAAAUAGUUGAGAAAGCUCUCGCUCCGCAAUUUGUAAAGGUCUGCCAAGAUCGAGAUGUAACAGAAGGAAAGUUGACGCGAUUCGAUUGCCGCGUUACGGGCAGACCUUACCCUGAAGUCACGUGGUUCAUUAACGAUAGACAAAUCCGAGACGAUUAUAAUCAUAAGAUAUUAGUAAACGAGUCAGGUAAUCAUGCGCUUAUGAUUACAAACGUCGAUCGAAGUGACAGUGGUGUAGUCACAUGUGUCGCCCGCAACAAGAGCGGCGAGACAUCCUUCCAGUGCCGGCUGAACGUUAUCGAGAAGGAGCAAGUGGUAGCCCCCAAGUUCGUUGAGCGUUUCAGCACUCUGAGCGUACGCGAAGGCGAACCUGUGGCGCUAAAUGCACGAGCAGUUGGCACACCUACACCGCGGAUCACAUGGCAGAAGGACGGCGUUCCGAUUAUACCCAAUCCAGAAUUACGAAUUAAUACCGAUGGUGGGACCUCGACACUGGACAUCCCUCGAGCCAAGGCGUCGGAUGCGGCAUGGUAUCAGUGCACCGCCCAGAACGUCGCAGGUUCCACCGCAACUCGGGCAAGGCUCUACGUGGAAGUGCCGAAGGAGCCUCCGCCCGAACAAAAGCGUCUGCACUUACCGCGGCCAACAAGGAUAAUCGAACCAGAGCCUGCUCCUGGACCAGAGGUUAUUUACUUAAGGCAUGUGGAAAGGGCACGACCUUACGUUCCUCCGGGUGAGGAAGACCGAGUUUAUCCUCCACCGCAGUUUAUCGUGCCACUGAAAAGCAUAUCACAGAUGGAAGGUGGCAAGGUUCACUUUGAAACGAGGAUAGAACCGGUCGGCGACCCAACGAUGAAGAUAGAAUGGUUGAGAAAUGGACAAAGUAUCGAAGCUAGCUCAAGAUUUACUUCAAUAUUCAGGUUUGGAUAUAUUUCUCUAGAUAUGCUCAGUCUUAACAUUCAAGAUAGUGGAGAAUACACAUGCCGAGCUAUUAGUGCCACUGGUAUGGCCGAGACUAAAGCAAUGUUGCAAGUUACACCUAGAGCAACUAUUGAAAGAACUAGUCAACACCCGGAAAGUCUUCAAUACAUUCAACAACUAGAAGAUUACUCUAGAUAUCAGCAUCAAGAGUCAGUCGAAGAGAAUAUUUCACAGAGACCUCAAUUUAUCAGGCCUCUACAAGAACUUGGAGAGCUCCAAGAGGGCAGAAACGCGCACUUUGAAGCUCAAUUGACGCCGGUCAGCGACCCGCACAUGAGAGUAGAGUGGUACAAAGACGGUCGUCCGAUUACAGCCAGCUCGCGAAUCACGUCAAUCUUCAACUUCGGUUACGUCUCCCUUAACAUCAUGCACCUACGGGCUGAAGAUGCAGGUUCGUACACGGUGAGAGCUGUAAACAAACUGGGCGAAGCUGUCAGCACCGCUUCCAUCAAAGUGGCGGCAAGGAGCACGGUCACUUCAGAUCUCGGCAUACCAGAGCAAAAACGUUACAUAGAAAAAACAGAACAAUUAGAAGCAUAUCAGCAACAGCAACAUGUUAAAUAUUAUCAAGAAGUACCUGAAAGUACUCAACGACCAGAAUUCAAAACACCUAUUAAAGAUCAGCUGAACGUUAAGGAAGGUGGUUUUGCCCAUUUUGAGGCUCGUCUCGAGCCGGUGGGCGACUCUACCUUGAGAGUAGAAUGGUUAAAGGACGGACGUCCUGUGGAAGCUAGUUCAAGAAUAACGACAUUCUUCAACUUUGGAUAUGUAGCACUUACAAUCAAGUCAGUAACUGUACAUGAUGCCGGUCACUACACUUGCCGAGCUUACAAUGCACUCGGACAAGCAACUACUAGUGCUCACUGCACUAUUGUAACCAAGAAAGAUAUUAUUGCGGAAUCGCAACACCCUGGUGGUCUCGAGAAGAUUCAACAUCUAGAGGAUACGAGUAGAUACACGAGGAAAUCGGAAGAAGAAGUGAGAGUAGCACCUAAGCCUCGCUUCCUUGGGCCUUUAAAGGGUACAAACAAAAUUGUCGAAGGGCAAAGUGCCCACUUCGAAGCGAGAGUAGAGCCUCAGAGCGACUUGACUAUGUCUGUUGAAUGGUAUUUCAAUGGAAAGCAAAUCAAGCAAGCUAAUCGUACUCAAACUUACCAUGAUUUCGGAUACGUUGCGUUGGAUAUAUCUAGUGUUCGAGCUGAAGACUCCGGAACGUACACGGUUGUAGCUCGCAACGCCGCUGGGGAAGCUCAGUUGAGCACUUCAAUGGUAGUAGAAACACGGUCCAGUAUUGAUACAUCAAGUAUUCAUCGUGGCCUAUACGAGAAAACACGUCACCUUGAAGAGGCUAAAUUUGUGGAACCAAUGUAUCAAAUUGAGGAAAUUUCAAAGUCGAAACCGAUUUUCGUACAGCCGCUUUCAGACCCAGCGCCUGUAUCAGAAGGUAAAAAUAUCCACCUUGAAUGCAGGUUGGAACCUAUGGGUGAUCCUACAAUGAGAGUCGAAUGGUUCCACAAUGGAAGGGCUGUGACUGUUGGUUCCAGAUUUAGAACUUAUUAUGACUUUGGUUUUGUGGCACUGGAUAUAAUUCACGCUACAUCUACUGACACCGGUGAAUAUACAGUAAGAGCAGUCAACCACUUAGGUUCAGCUCACACCUCAGCAAUGGUACGAGUCAUCGAAAGAUCAGACAUUCUCACGGAGACUCAGAAUGAACAAGCUGUCGAACAAAUUCAAAUGCUUGAGGAUGCAGCUCGCAGAAGUAGACAAGUUCAAGAAGAUAUAACAGUAAUGCAGGCGCCUCAAUUUUCAAGGUCCCUGCAUAACGUCGAAACCGUUGAGGGAACAAACGUACAUCUGGAAUGUCGAUUGCAACCAGUUGGCGAUCCGACUAUGAGAGUAGAUUGGUUCUGCAAUGGCAGGCCGAUUAAGACUGGCCACAGAUUUAGACCAGCUUACGAAUUUGAUUAUGUCGCUCUUGAUCUGUUAAGCGUGUAUCCUGAAGAUUCCGGAGUAUACACUUGUCAAGCGACAAACCAGCUAGGCGAAGCUGUGACUUCAUGUGCGCUGCGCGUUAUCGCAAAGAAGGACCUUAUUUUUGAGUCUCAGCAUCCAUCAGGUCUCGAAAAGAUUCAGUACCUCGAAGAUGCUUCGCGUUAUAAGAAGUCCGAAAUGAUCGACGAAACUGUUAAUAUUAAACCACACUUCGUCACCAAGCCCAAAUCAAUAGAAAACGUUGUAGAAGGGCAUCAUGUCCACUUUGAAUGCAAAUUGGAGCCCGUAACAGAUCCUAAUUUGAAAGUGGAAUGGUUUAAGAAUGGUCAACCCGUGACUAUUGGACACCGAUUCAGACCAAUCCACGACUUUGGCUAUGUAGCAUUGGAUAUCAUUGACUUAAUUGCAGAAGACUCCGGAGUAUAUACCUGUAGGGCGGUUAAUCAUGUCGGAACCGACGAAGUCAGCUGUAGGCUUUCUUGCCGUGGAACAGCAGACAUUAUUAGGGGCACACAAAACGAAGCCGGCCUGGAACAGAUUCAGCAUCUAGAAGACCGAACCAAAUAUCACAGAUCAGACAUGGUCGAUGAAAUAACGACCCAAGCACCUAUUUUCACAACAUCACUUAAGAACGUAGAAAUCAAGGAAGGUCAGCGUGCGCAUUUUGAGUGUAGAUUAAUUCCGGUUUCUGAUCCCACAAUGAAAGUAGAAUGGUACCAUAACAAUCGCCCUCUUAAGAGUGGUUCCAGGUUCACGGAGACCAACAACUUUGGAUUUGUAGCUCUCGACAUCAUGUCUUGUUUGCCAGAGGAUUCUGGAACUUACACUUGCAGAGCUAUUAACGCUCUGGGAGAAGCGGUUACCUCUGGAAUCGCUAUUGUACAUUCCAAAAAAUCGAUUUAUUUGGAAUCACAACAUGAAGGAGCUUUGGGUAGGCUCAAUCAGCUAGAAGAUACAUCACGAUACCAGAGGCACAGUGCUCAAGAUGAAUUCAUAACUCAGGCUCCGGUAUUUACAAUGCCAAUGAAAGAUAUUAAGGUAGCUGAAAACCAGGCCGCGCACUUUGAAGCUAGGCUUAUUCCAGUCGGUGACCCUAAACUUCGCGUCGAGUGGUUGCGCAAUGGGGUUCCCAUCGAAGCAUCUAAUCGCUUGACGACAAUGCAUGACUUCGGGUACGUCGCUCUAAAUAUGAAAUACGUCAACCCAGAGGACUCUGGUACUUACACUUGCCGGGCUAUAAAUGAGCAGGGUGAGGCUGUCACAUCCUCGACUCUCUUCGUACAAUCCAAAGCAUCACUCCAAUUUGAGUCACAGCACGAAAGCGCCUUAGAAAAGAUUCAACAACUGGAAGGCGCGACUCGUUACCAGCGUAGAGAGGAAGUUGAUAUUGCUAUCAACCAGGCGCCUAGAUUCGUUACUCAACUGAAUGGACCUUCAAAGCUAGUAGAGGGCCAAAGCGCACAUUAUGAGUGUAGGAUCGAGCCAUACCCAGAUCCUAAUAUGCGCGUAGAAUGGUACUUCAAUGGCAAGGUUCUUCAAAGUGGUCAUCGUUAUCGUACUUCGUAUGAUUUUGGUUUCGCAGCUCUUGACAUCCUUCAAGUAUACGGUGAAGAUUCUGGCGAAUACACAUGCAAGGUCAUCAAUAACUUAGGCCAGGCUACUUCUUCAAUCAAGUUAAACGUUCAAUCUAAGGAAUCUAUUAUCAGAGAUACACAACACGAAAGCGCACUGGAGAAGAUCCAAUAUCUCGAAGACGAGAGCAGAAACAAGCGCAUCGUCCGCGAUGAGAGUUUCGUGGCGGAGAAGCCUCAGUUUGGCAAACCACUCAAAAAUACUCAUGUGGCUGAAGGCCACCCAGUCCACCUGGAAGCAACACUUACACCAGUUAACGAUCCAACCAUGCGUGUAGAAUGGUAUUGCAAUGGCAGGCCGGUCGCACAGGGCCACAGAUUCAAGACUACGUACGACUUUGGUUAUGUCGCACUGGAUGUUCUAUAUGCUUAUUCCGAAGACACCGGCACUUAUAUGUGCAAGGCUACAAAUGCCGUCGGUGAAGCAGUUACUACGAGCUCGGUAAAAGUUGAUGCUAAAGCUGGUCUUUACCUCGAUACUUUGGAUGAGCAAAGGUUGAAAAAAAUACAAGAACUUGAACGGUUUGAGAGACCGAAAGCAGUUGAAGAGGAAAAACCUGGUCAGCGACCGGUGUUCCUUACGGCUCUAACUAGUCUUGAAAAUUUGAAAGAAGGAGAUAGGGCUCACUUUGAAUGCAGAGUAGAGCCAAUUAACGACCCCGAUUUGGAAAUCGAGUGGUUCCUUAACGGUAAAAAGAUCAGAGCUGGUCACAGAUAUAGAACGACACAUGACUUUGGUUAUGUCGCUUUAGAUAUUCUUUAUACUUAUUCUGAAGACUCAGGCACUUACAUGUGCAAAGCUACCAACAAGCUGGGUGAAGCGGUUAACACUUGUACUAUGAAGGUUGCAGGUCAUAGAAGUAUCAUCCUGGACACCCAACAUCCUAAUGGCCUCGAGAAGAUCAGACAAUUGGAAGCACAAGGUCAUCACACUAGGAUGGAAAUCGAAGAGCCUACGAUCAGUACACCUAGGUUCGUCACUGAGCUUCGAGGAACAACUCAUGUAUAUGAAGGACAGACUGCGCAUUUCGAAUGUCAGGUUGAGCCUAUUCACGAUCCGAACUUGCGUAUUGAAUUUUACCACAAUGGUAAAGCCCUGCAAUCUGCCUCACGGUUCCAUAUCACUUUUGAUUUUGGUUAUGUGUCGUUGGAUAUCCAGCACUGUGUGCCAGAAGAUGCGGGUGAAUAUUCUGUAAAAGCAAUUAACGCUCUUGGGCAGUGCACGUCCGCCAUAUCCAUGACAGUAACCGCAAAAGGCAGUAUUAUAAUGGAAUCACAACGUCCCGAGGGUCUGGAAAAGAUCCGGGAACUAGAAUCUGUGGAGCCGUUUAAGCGGCCUGAAAUUCCAGAACCGGUCACAAGGCAAAGACCCGUAUUUACUCAGCCACUUCAGAACAUUGAUAACAUACAAGAAGGACAAACAGCACACUUUGACUGCCGCCUUAUACCAGUCGGGGAUCCGACUCUUAAGGUGGAAUGGUUCAGAAACGAGAAGCUCAUCGAAGAUAGCUCUAGGAUUACUAAGACCCACGAUUUUGGUUACGUAUCAAUGACCAUUACUCAUGUGCGUGAUGAAGACGAGGGCGUCUACAUGUGCAGAGCCUCGAAUCUAUUAGGAGAGGCAGUUACAACUGCUGCCAUGAAAAUUAAGACUAAGGCAGCCAUUCAAAUGGAUACUCAACACCCUGAAGGAAUGAAGAAGAUUCAACGCCUUGAAGAGCCUACGCAGAGAAGACCUGAUGAGCCAGAGAGAGAGUUUGAAAAGCCCAUCUUUACUCAAGUUCUCACAGGGCCUUCGGAAUUGUGGGAAGGACAGCAUGCCCACUAUGAAGCGCGUGUGGUACCAGUAGGUGACCCUAGCCUUCGGUUUGAGUGGUACAUUAAUGGCGUAGAACUUAAAAUGGGAUCAAGAUUCCGAACAACGCAUGAUUUUGGUUUUGUAACUUUGGACAUCAAUUCCGUUGUUGCGGCUGACGCUGGGUUAUACAUGUGCAAGGCUAUUAAUAGAGCUGGUAGCACAGUAUCUUCGACAUCUUUAAAAGUUAAGACUAAGUCUACUAUUGUUGACCAAGCAAUGCGUCCAGAAUCUUGGGAACAAAUUCAACUUAAAGAAGCUGCAAUGAAUAAGGUUCCUGAGAUGUUUAUUGAUUCUGGUGUUCAACAAGCGCCGAUUUUCACUACUCACUUAAAGAGUUAUGACAAACUCGUUGAAGGCCAACAUGUGUACCUCGAAGCCCAGGUCGAGCCACGCACUGAUCCAAACUUAAGAAUAGAAUGGUUUAAAAAUGGAAUGUCUUUAACAACAGGUUCGAGAAUCAAGAGCACAUUUGACUUUGGCCUAGUGACACUGUCUAUUAAUGGUAUUAGAAUCGACGAUUCAGGUAUUUAUACAUGCAAAGCAACAAAUCUAAUGGGAGAAGCUGUUUCUACUUCAUCUAUUAAAAUUGAAGACCGUCAUUGGCUUCUUGGAGAAUCUCUUCAUCCUGAAUCUCUGGAUAGAAUUGGAGCUUUGGAGCAACCUAAAGCUGCCAAACCAGAAUCGCCUGAGCCAACUUACGAGAUCCCAGUGUUUAUCUCGCAUCUGAAUAAUAUCGUUUGCAAAGAAGGUGAUAACAUUCACUUCGAAUGCAAUGUUGAGCCAUCUAGAGACCCUACACUGAAAAUUGAAUGGUUCUUCAACAAUCAACCACUUCCUUCAGGUACUCGGUAUAAGGCAACACAUGACUUUAGUUAUGUGUCAUUAGAUGUUACCCACACGUACGAAGAAGAUUCUGGAAUCUACACUUGCAAGGCUACCAAUAGCAAGGGUUCAGCCACUACAUCUGGUUCUUUGAGGUGUACUGGAGAUAAACAUAUUUACCUUGAUACACAACAUCCCCAGGGAAAAUCUGGUUUGGAAGCAGUCGAGCAGGCCGAAGAAGCCCGACAAGCAAAAGGUAGACGAUCUUCCGUACCUGACGCAGACUAUCCUAAGCCUGAAUGGGUCGUCCCCGUGGCGCCUGAGCAUCAAUUAGUCGAGGGUCAAUCUCUUCACCUCGAGGGUCAAGUGGAACCGAAGAAUGAUCCUAAUCUGAAAAUUGAAUGGUAUUUCAACGGUAAAGCAUUACAACAGGCAUCGCGGUUCAAACUAACUAGUGAUUUUGGAUUUGUGACACUUGACUUAAUUGAUGUAUAUGAAAGAGACAGUGGUAUUUACACAUGUAAGGCUUUCAAUAAGAAAGGAGAAGCAUUUACCUCAUCAACCGUUUUCUGUACCAGCAAGGCUAACCUCAUUGAAGGAACCCAACAUCCAAAGGGAACUGAAGGACUUGAAAAGAUUCAAAACCUUGAAGAUUCUCUUCGAAGAGAGCCCGGUCAGAAGCCUGAUGACGAUACUGGAAGGGCUCCUGAAUUCACAACGGUAUUCCAAGACAUAGUAGAUAUUAGCGAGGGACAGAUCGCUCAUUAUGAAGCAUCACUGAUACCGACUGGUGACCAAACAAUGGUGAUCGAAUGGUUCUACAAUGGAAAAACAAUUGAAGCGAGUCACCGUAUUAGAACUGUAUACGCCUUUGGUAUGUGUGUCCUUGAAAUUUUAGGCACCAAAACUACUGACUCUGGCACAUACUCUUGCCGUGCUACUAACAAGUGGGGACAAGCUGAAAUCAGUGUCAAACUAGAAUGCGUAGAUAAGAGCAAGGGACAAAAGCCUAGAUUCACUACACACAUUCAAAAUGUCGAGGGCUUGAAAGACGGGCAAUCGGCUCACUUCGAAUGUACGGUAGUACCUGUUGAUGAUCCCGACAUGAAGAUUGAAUGGUAUCACAAUGGUCAACUUUUGCGUCAUUCUACAAGGAUAAAGACAGUUUCUGAUUUCGGUUUUGUUGUGAUGGAUAUAGCGUACACGCAGAAUCACGAUGCUGGAGAAUACGUAUGUCGAGCUUACAACAAAUAUGGAGAGGACUUCACCAAAGCGACAAUAAGUUGCUACAGUCGAAGCGGAGUAUACUUGGAGAGUUUGCAACCAGAUUCGCUAGCAAAAAUCAGGGAGUUGGAGAAUUUGCAUGGCGCACAGCAACAAGCGCCAGCCACUCCGUCUGCUGAGCCGCCGAAGUUCCUCACUCAAAUCCAGGACGUAACUAAACUGGUAGAAGGCCAGAGUGCUCACUUUGAAGCGAGAUUGAUACCUGUUGAUGACCCAGACCUUAAGGUUGAAUGGUUUUAUAACGGCAAGAAACUACCUCAUGGACAUAGGUAUAGAACAUUCCAUGACUUUGGCAUCGUUAUAUUGGAUAUAUUAUAUUGCUACGAAGAAAAUUCUGGUGUGUACGAGUGUGUUGCGACCAAUAAAUUGGGCCGUGAUUCAACCAAGGCUACGCUCAAAUGCACAUCAAAAGAGAACUUGAUCUUGGACUCGCAACUCCCGCGGGGCAUGGAAGGUGGCUUGGAAAAGUUACAAACAUUGGAAGAUUCGAUGAUACGAAGGAAAGAUACCGAUAUUCAGGAGGAAAGAGGAAAGGCUCCUGUAUUUACUGUACCUCUGUCUAAUAUCGAAAACCUGCGAGAAGGAGAAAAUGCUCACUUUGAAGCUCGUCUCACACCUACUGAUGAUCCCAACCUUAAAGUCGAAUGGUACUGGAACGGUAAAUCACUAAAGGCUGGUUCGAGGUUCAGGACGUUCUGUGAUUUCGGAUUUGUAAUCCUAGAAAUCUCGCCCACUUAUCCAGAAGACUCUGGUGAAUAUUUAUGCCGAGCUUACAACAACUAUGGCGAAGCAGUAACCACGGCCACUAUGAAGGUGCAAGGCAAACGCAAUAUAAUUCUCGAAUCGCAAUUGCCCAAGGGUAUGGAAGGCACUAUUGAUAAAAUAGCAGUACUCGAAGGUUACACUGGCACAGUAGAUUCGAUGUCACCCGAAGUAGAGAGUGGAAACCCACCAGAAUUCAUAACCACGCCUUCCGAUCUCAUUCUGACGGAGAAUUCAUCAGCUCACUUUGAAUGUCGCUUGGUACCAAUUAAUGAUUCUAGCAUGAGAGUGGAAUGGUUCCACAACGGAAAACCAUUAUUGACUGGCUCUAGAGUAAAGACCAUCAACGACUUUGGUUUCGUCAUCUUGGAAGUUGGCGGAGUUUAUCAGAGAGAUGCUGGUUUAUACACUUGUAAGGCUACAAACCGACACGGUGAGGCAACCGUCUCAUGUAAACUACAAGUCAAGGGCAGGCAAGGCAUUGUUCUUGAACCUCAACUACCAUCUCACUUCAAAUCAGGCACUGAGAGUAUUCAAAGGCUUGAAGAAACUUUGCACAAGCGCGAGGAAAUUAUGUCCGAAGAUGAAAAACCUAACCCACCGAGAUUCACUGUAGAAAUUAAGGACAACGUGGAUGUUCCUGAAGGUGGACCCAUCCACUUCGACUGCCGCGUAGAACCUGUAGGGGACCCGACAAUGAGAAUCGACUGGUUCCACAACGGCAGGCCAUUUGCAACUGGGUCCCGCGUACACAUGCUGAAUGAUUUUGGUUUUAUUGCUUUAGAUAUCGAUUAUAUCUACGCACGUGAUGCUGGUGAAUAUACAUGUCGUGCCACUAAUAAGUGGGGCUCUGCCACCACUACAGCAAGGAUUACAUGCAGCGCCAAACGCGAUAUUGUCUUAGAGUCUCAGUUACCACAAGGCAUGAGUGGCGAGAAAAUUAAAGAGCUCGAAAAAGGUCGCGUUAGCGAUGUUCCUAAAGACGAGCCGGUCGUCAGCUCUCCACCUAAAUUCAUUACUCAGAUCCAAAGUCAUACAGUGGAAGAAUCUGAAGGCGUAAGAUUUGAAUGCCGUGUAGAGCCCAAAGAAGAUCCGAAACUCAGGAUUGAAUGGUAUCGCAACGGUAAACUGUUACCCAGUGGCCAUAGAUACCGCACUGUAUACGACAUGGGAUUUGUAUCGCUUGACAUUUUAUAUGUUUAUGCUGAAGACUCUGGAGAGUAUAUGUGCAGAGCUGUUAAUGAUUUCGGCGAAGACUUCACAAAGGGCACAGUGUCGUGCAAACAGCUACCAGAUAUCAUUCUACAGAACCAAGUACCUCGAGGAAUGAAGAAAUCUGAAGCCUUAACUCAAAUGGAGGCUACAAUCAAGAAGUAUACGUCUGAAAUAUUCUUGACUGAAGAUGACUUGUACGAUGCUGAUAAGAAACAGCCUCCGCGAUUUGUGACACAGAUUCAGAGCCAAACUACUUUAGUUGAAAUGGAGACGACGAAAUUCGAAUGUCAAUUGGCCCCUGUUGGAGAUCCUAAUAUGAAAGUAGAAUGGUUCUUUAAUGGCAAACCGCUACUUCAUAAAAACCGCUUUACACCUAUUUACGACUUUGGUUACGUCGCAAUGAAUUUCGGGUGGGUGUACCCCGAAGAUAGCGGUGAAUACGUCUGCCGGGCAACCAACCUCUACGGUAUGGAUGAGACACGGGCCAUAAUCAAGACUGCUGGCAAGCCUGGCAUCGUUUACGACUCUCAACUUCCAAAGCACAUGAAGAGUAUCGAAAAAAUCAGAGAGAUGGAAGCGUCGUGGCAAGUAGCUCCCGAGCAAGCGAUUGAAAUGGAGAAAGCACGCUCUCCACCAGUGUUCGUCAGUCGUCCGGACCCGGUGACCGUCGAGGAAGGCGAGUGGGCACGAUUCUGCUGCCGUGUUACGGGACACCCGAAGCCGAGGGUUAUGUGGCUUCUUAACGGAAAUACCAUCGUUAACGGAUCAAGAUACAAGCUGACUUAUGAUGGAAUGUAUCACUUCGAUAUUCCAAAGACGCGUCAGUACGACACAGGAAAGAUUGAAGUAGUAGCCAGAAGCUCAGCCGGCGAAGCGGUUGCAACAAGUGAACUGAAGGUUAUUCCAAGACACGAUGACUACAGAGGCGUUCUCAAAAACGCUCCUCGACCUUGGUAUGAUGAAACGACACAAUAUCAACGCACUGAAACUGAGUUGGAGAAAACUUUCGAGGAAAGACAAACGCAGCAACGGCAAGGCACUAUUGACCACAGACCUGAGUUGAAACCGAAAGUGCACAAAGAACCCGACACAGAGUGGCAGCAAUCUGUAAAGAAGAAGAAGAGUGAAGAAUAUUACAACAAGCUCCAAGAGUUAGAGAAUGAACAAGUCGUAAAGGAAAGCAGGUUGCGAGAAUCAACCCACCAGUACGCUAUCCCGGGGGAGAAAGUUGUGAAUGCUUCUGUUGCUAAGGGAAUGGCACAGAAAUAUCAAGACAAUUUGGAGCAGUCUGAACAAGUGGUGGAACAGAAACAAGUAACUCAAAAGAAAGUUGUACAGAAACCAAGAAUCCCAGAUCCAUCUGAGUCUACCGUUCACGGCAAGGAAGUGCACGUGGCUAAACAGAAACAGGUACAGAAAGAGGUUGUCGGUGACACAGAAAUCACGCGAAAAAUCACAUCUACCGAAACGACUGAGGUUGAACACAAGGCUCAAACUCAUGAAAGAGUAGUUGAAGGUCCAGUCAAGCCUAGCAAUCCGCCAGUUUUCACCAAGAAGAUGCAACCGUGCAGAGUAUUUGAACAAGAACAGGCUAGGUUUGAGGUCGAGUUUGACGGCGAUCCACUUCCUACUAUCAAAUGGUACAGAGAAAACUUCCCAAUCAAGAACUCAGCCGAUUUUCAGAUUCAUACUUUCAGCACUAAGUCUAUUCUUAUAAUUAGACGAGUUUUCAUUGAGGACUCGGCUGUAUUUGCUGCUGUUGCUGAAAACAGAGGCGGAACAGCUAAAUGCAGCGCCAAUCUUGUAGUUGAAGAACGCAGGAGGCAAGGCAGAGGUGGCAUCAGUCCACCCAGUUUCACAAUGACGGCCCAGAAUGUCAACGUGACUUCUGGUCAGCUGGUGAGAUUCGACACCAAGGUGACAGGAACCAAACCUAUCGAUGUUUAUUGGUUGAAAAAUGGACAGAAAGUGCAACCCGACAUAAGAAACAAAAUUUUGGAAGAAGAUGGAACUUACACUCUUCUGAUUCUUGAAGCCUACCCUCAAGAUUCUGGGAAAUACGAAUGCGUAGCUAUUAACACUGCUGGAGAGGCAAGAUGCGACGCCGAAUGCUACGUCAACGCUCCUGCGACGAAAGAAAAACCAAAACCUCAAACUAAAGCCGCAAAUGCACCACCAGAAGUUAUUGAGCCGCUGAAAGACAAAGUUGUUGCUGAAGGACAAGCUAUAGAAUUUAGCUGCAAAAUUAUUGGAAAGCCGACACCUACAGUUCAAUGGUACAAGGGAGAUAAACUCAUUAAACCGUCGAAAUACUUCCAAAUGUCUAGGGCCGCGGACGAAUAUACACUACGUAUAUCUGAGGCUUUCCCUGAAGAUGAAGGUGAUUAUAAGUGUGUGGCCUUUAAUUCUGGUGGACGAAUUACUGCCGCUGCCAAACUGAAAGUUUCCCAGCCAGACCAAGCUGACGCCUUGCCCACGCUGACACCACUGCGUGAUGUUACUGUAAAUGAGGGACAGCCUGCGCAAUUCAAGACUGUCAUCACAAGCAAGGUCAAACCAACUAUUCAGUGGCUACGUGAAGGCGCGAAAAUUCCGGAGACUCCCGAUUUUCAGAUGAUCCACGAGGGCAACAACGCAGUGCUGCUCAUCGGAAGCACGUAUGAGGAGGACACCGGAAUCUUUACUUGCCGGGCAAUCACCUCCGCGGGCCAGGUCGAGACCUCGGCAAAACUAGUCGUCAAAAAAUCCCGAACAGUUAUUUCACGAAAGACAUUCCAAGAAAAAACUGGUGUUCAUGAAUUCACGGCCGAUCAAAAAACAACGACCGCCAAAGCAUUAUAUCAGUCAACAGAAGAAUCUAAUAUCUUACGACUUGAAAACGUACAAGAUGUUGAAACUAGAACUACAACGGUUCCCUGGCGCACCAAGAAAGUGACUGAAGAAUUAACAAAAGAAGAAACCUCGGAAACUGUAAAUUGGCGUAAACGUAAGCCACAGGAACAACAAACUUCUAUGCAGCAAGUAGCUUUUACCGAAGACGCAAAUAUAUUGACUGUCGACAACAAAGAAGUCAGUGACAAAACGAAGGUAGUCGAAACAAAGCAUUGGAGAAAACCUAGACAUCAGGACAUACAGCAAACCGAAAGUAUAACAUCUGAAGAUGGUAGUAUAUUAGCCAUUGACAAGCAACUUGAGACAAAACUUUGGCGUCGACCAAGAUCAGAACCCAAAGAAGAUGCAAAUGUACCAGAAGCACAACCGCAAGAGCCAACCAGGCGGAAAUCGUCAGCUCAAGAGCAAAAACCUGAAACUGUACCGUGGACUCAAGAGAGUAUCAAAUUACGUAAAACUAAAUUAGAGAAGAGAGAAAUAGAAAAAGAAAAAAUAGAAGAUGUCACAUUAAAACAAGUUCGAAAAACUGCUACACAAGAUACUAUCGGAAAAGCAGUUACCGAUGAUGCUAGAUCAGAAGUCAUCGAGCAAAUUGAAACGAGACACGAGACAAAAUCUCAACCACAGGAAGCUCUUAAACAUGUUGAGAAUUAUACUUUAUCUGAGGAUGCCAAUAUACUAGUCGUUGAUAAAACAAUUGAAGCCACCCAAAGUGUAAAACAGGAUUCACUUGAGAUAAAACAUUGGCGCAAGCCGCGUUCUGAGCCUAAAGAAGACGUUGAGGUGCCAGAAGAAAAAACACAAGAACCAAUAAGGCGAAGAUCAUCAGCAUUCCAAGAGCAAAAACCAGAGGCUGUGCCGUGGACUCAAGAAAGCAUAAAACUGCGUCCAACACAAGUUGAAAAAAGAGAAAUAGCAAAAGAAAAGUUUGAAGAUGUUACAUUGAAACAAGUAAAAAAACCUUUGGUGGCAACUUUGCACGAACAAGAGAAACAUAUUGUUGAUAGAUCAGUCACCGAAGAUGUAGAAAUUUUACAUGUUGAUAAAUCAGAAGUUAUUCAACAAGAUGAUAUUGAGCAUCGCAGAAAACCUCGCACAAAGGAAGUAUCUAAGCAUGUUGAGAAUAUAAUUUCAACAGAGGAAACUAACAUACUUGCGAUCGAAAAAACAGUAGACACAUCUGAGGAUGUAAAAUCUGAACCAAUGGAAACUAAACAUUGGCGUAGACAACGAUCAGAACCUAAACAGGACGUAGAUGUACAAGAAGUACAACCACGUGGGCCAACAAGGCGGAGAUCAUCAGCUUUCCAGGAGCAAAAACAAGAAACGGUACCAUGGACUCAAGAAAGUAUCAAAUUACGCCCAACUAAAGUAGAAAAGAAAGAAAUAGCAAAAGAAAAAUUAGAAGAGGUUACACUUAAACAAAGGAAGAUGUCCGUGGAGACACUUGUUAUAGAAGAAUCUUUAACACACGAGGAAGACACUGUCAUAUUACAAAUAACAGCUGAUGAGAACAUCGAACGUGAUGUUGCACUCAAACCUAUUUCAAGGCAAAAAAUAAAGCAAGAAAAACCUAUCGAAGAAGAUCAACCAGAGGAGGUUUUGUGGCGCGGUAAACGACGACCAAAACAAGAACAGCAAUCUGAAGAAGUGGUCCUUAAACCAGUAUCUAAACAAAAGCCUGUCGAAGAUAUGAAACCCGAAGAUGUGCAACUCAAGCCAAUCAAAAAAGAGAAAAUAAUAGAAGAGACGAAACCAGACACGCAACCAGAGGAGAUAUCCUGGCGAGGCAAGCGAAAGCCCAAAGAAGAACAGCAGGCUGAAGAAGUUGUACUUAAACCGAUGCCUAAACAGAAACCUGUAGAAGAAGAGAAGAAACCCGAAGAAGUGCAACUUAAGCCAGUCAAAAAAGAGACCCCGAUCGAAGAGGCGCAACCAGAGGAGGUAUCUUGGCGAGGCAAGCGAAAGCCCAAAGAAGAACAGCCGGCUGAAGAAGUUGUACUUAAACCGGUGCCUAAACAGAAACCUGUAGAGGAAGAGACAAAACCGGAAGAAGUGCAACUUAAGCCAAUCAAAAAAGAGAAACCGAUCGAAGAGGCGCAACCAGAGGAGGUAUCUUGGCGAGGCAAGCGAAAACCCAAAGAAGAACAGCCGGCUGAAGAAGUUGUACUUAAGCCAGUACCUAAACAGAAACCUGUAGAGGAAGACACAAAACCGGAAGAAGUGCAACUAAAGCCAGUCAAAAAAGAGAAACCGAUCGAAGAGGCGCAACCAGAGGAGGUAUCUUGGCGAGGCAAGCGUAAGCCCAAAGAAGAACAGCCGGCUGAAGAAGUUGUUCUUAAACCAGUGCCUAAACAGAAACCUGUAGAGGAAGAGACAAAACCGGAAGAAGUGCAACUUAAGCCAAUCAAAAAAGAGAAACCGAUCGAAGAGGCGCAACCAGAGGAGGUAUCUUGGCGAGGCAAGCGAAAGCCCAAAGAAGAACAGCCGACUGAAGAAGUUGUACUUAAACCGGUGCCUAAACAGAAACCUGUAGAGGAAGAGACAAAACCGGAAGAAGUGCAACUUAAGCCAAUCAAAAAAGAGAAACCGAUCGAAGAGGCGCAACCAGAGGAGGUAUCUUGGCGAGGCAAGCGAAAACCCAAAGAAGAACAGCCGGCUGAAGAAGUUGUUCUUAAACCGGUGCCCAAACAGAAACCUGUAGAAGAUACAAAACCGGAAGAAGUGCAACUUAAGCCAGUCAAAAAAGAGACCCCGAUCAAAGAGGCGCAACCAGAGGAGGUAUCUUGGCGAGGCAAGCGAAAACCUAAAGAAGAACAGCCGGCUGAAGAAGUUGUACUUAAGCCAGUACCUAAACAGAAACCUGUAGAGGAAGAUACAAAACCGGAAGAAGUGCAACUUAAGCCAGUCAAAAAAGAGAAACCGAUCGAAGAGGCGCAACCAGAGGAGGUAUCUUGGCGAGGCAAGCGAAAGCCCAAAGAAGAACAGCCGGCUGAAGAAGUUGUACUUAAACCGGUGCCUAAACAGAAACCUGGAGAAGAAGAGAAGAAACCGGAAGAAGUGCAACUUAAGCCAGUCAAAAAAGAGACCCCGAUCGAAGAGGCGCAACCAGAGGAGGUAUCUUGGCGAGGCAAGAGAAAGCCCAAAGAAGAACAGCCGGCUGAAGAAGUUGUACUUAAACCGGUGCCUAAACAGAAACCUGUAGAGGAAGAAAAGAAACCGGAAGAAGUACAACUUAAGCCUUUAAAAAAAGAGAAAUCGAUCGAAGAGGCGCAACCAGAGGAGGUAUCUUGGCGAGGCAAACGAAAGCCCAAAGAAGAACAGCCGGCUGAAGAAGUUGUACUUAAACCGGUGCCUAAACAGAAACCUGUAGAGGAAGAGACAAAACCGGAAGAAGUGCAACUUAAGCCAAUCAAAAAAGAGAAACCGAUCGAAGAGGCGCAACCAGAGGAGGUAUCUUGGCGAGGCAAGCGAAAGCCCAAAGAAGAACAGCCGACUGAAGAAGUUGUACUUAAACCGGUGCCUAAAGAGAAACCUGUAGAAGAAGAGAAGAAACCGGAAGAAGUGCAACUUAAGCCUGUCAAAAAAGAGACCCCGAUCGAAGAGGCGCAACCAGAGGAGGUAUCUUGGCGAGGCAAGCGAAAACCCAAAGAAGAACAGCCGGCUGAAGAAGUUGUACUUAAGCCAGUACCUAAACAGAAACCUGUAGAGGAAGAGACAAAACCGGAAGAAGUGCAACUUAAGCCCAUCAAGAAACAAAAACCUAAGCCUGUUGAACAAGAACAGCCUGCAGAUCUCUCUUGGCCUACCGGCAAGAGACGUCCUAAAGAAGAACAACCUGCUGAAGAAGUUGUACUGAAACCAGUGCCUAAACAGAAGCUUGUAGAAGAACAAAAACCAGAAGAAGUACAACUCAAGCCUUGGAAGAAACAACAACCCAAGCCUGUUGAAGAAGAACAGCCUGAAGACGUUUCUUGGCCCACCGGCAAGAGACGUCCUAAAGAAGAACAACCAGCGGAAGAAGUCGUACUGAAACCAGUGCCCAAGCAGAAGCCUAUAGAAGAACAAAAACCAGAAGAAGUACAACUCAAGCCUUUGAAGAAACAACAACCCAAGCCUGUUGAAGAGGAACAGCCUGAAGACGUUUCUUGGCCCACCGGCAAGAGACGUCCUAAAGAAGAACAACCAGCGGAAGAAGUCGUACUGAAACCAGUGCCCAAACAGAAGCCUGUAGAAGAACAAAAACCAGAAGAAGUACAACUCAAGCCUUUGAAGAAACAACAACCCAAGCCUGUUGUAGAGGAACAGCCUGAAGACGUUUCUUGGCCCACCGGCAAGAGACGUCCUAAAGAAGAACAACCAGCGGAAGAAGUCGUACUGAAACCAGUGCCCAAACAGAAGCCUGUAGAAGAACAAAAACCAGAAGAAGUACAACUCAAGCCUUUGAAGAAACAACAACCCAAGCCUGUUGAAGAGGAACAGCCUGAAGACGUUUCUUGGCCCACCGGCAAGAGACGUCCUAAAGAAGAACAACCAGCGGAAGAAGUCGUACUGAAACCAGUGCCCAAACAGAAGCCUGUAGAAGAACAAAAACCAGAAGAAGUACAACUCAAGCCUUUGAAGAAACAACAACCCAAGCCUGUUGAAGAGGAACAGCCUGAAGACGUUUCUUGGCCCACCGGCAAGAGACGUCCUAAAGAAGAACAACCAGUGGAAGACGUCGUGCUGAAACCAGUGCCAAAACAGAAGCCUGUAGAAGAACAAAAACCAGAAGAAGUACAACUCAAGCCUGUGAAGAAACAAAAACCAAAGCUUGUUCAAGAAGAACAGCCUGAGGAUGUUUCUUGGCCUACUGGCAAAAGACGUCCUAAAGAAGAACAACCAGCGGAAGAAAUUGUACUUAAACCAGUGCCUAAGCAGAAACCAACCGACGAUGACAAAUUAGAAGAAACACAUCUAAAACCUGUUACAAAAGAGGAAUCACUAGCAGAAACUAAAGUAGAAGAAGAACAUAUUACAAGUGCCAAGAAAGAGAAAAAGACCGCUAAAAAACAGCAAUUAGUCCAAAAAGUCGCAGAAAAAAUUGUAGAACAAGAAAAGAUUGCAGAAGAAGAAAAACCAGAAGAUAUACAGCAAAAAGUUAUCAAAAGGGAGAAAAAGAUAGCUAGAAAGGACGUUAUGGAGGAAACAAUUGUACUAGAAACGCAGGAAGAAUCUCAGCCUCAGGUCGAAGAAGAAAAAUCUACGACUGUUCACCAGGAAGUUAACCAAACUCAGCCAGAAGAAAAACCUGAAGAGGCAGUACAGAAGCGUGUCAAAAAGGAGAAAAAGGUAAAGGAAGAGAGAGAAGUGACCGCACUAAUGAAACCAGUCGAACAAUCGAAAGUGGAAAAACCCGAGGAAGUAGAAACUAAGAAAAAAACUCACAAAAAAGAAAAGGUCAUAGAGGAAGUUCAAGUCGAAACAGUUGUUUUAGAAAAACAAGAACAACCAGCACCUGAGUCCCAAGAAGAAGAGAUCACAACAGUCGUCACAACAGAAAAGAAACAAACGAAGAUCAAGACUAAGAAGUCGGACAAAAAAAAAGUUGGACCGAUAAUUAUAGAACCCAUUAAAGCAAUGAAUAUUCUGGAAAAUAGCAAUGUUGAACUGUAUGUAUUUUAUGAAGCAGAUGAAGACAAAAAAGUCUUAUGGUAUUGCAACAACAAACUCCUUGAACCAAGUGAUGAUUGCAUUAUUCAUACUGAAGCUGAUCAUUCGAAGAUAGAGAUUAAGUCAGCAGAUAAAAAGAAAGUAGGAAAGUUUGAAGUCGUUAUUGAGUCCAAUAAUAUGAUCACAAAAUCGGCAAGUACUGUUAAAAUUAUUAAGCCGUCUGACGAAGCACUCAUAAAACCACCAGUAUUUAUUCGACCCGUAACGUCCAAACAAGUCACCUUUGGUGCUAUUGAACUAUUUGAAGCAGAGGUGAUAUCUAAUCCUAGUGCAUCGUUUCAAUGGUUUAUCGGUACCAAGGAGGUAACUUCUUACGCAAAAGAAAAUAAAUUAAAUAAUAUUUAUAUUACCACUAAAGACAAUGUAUCAUGUCUAUGCAUCGAAAAUAUGACACCAGAUUUAGUAGACGUUAUCACCUGCCGAGCAGAAAACUUUGCAGGUUCUGUAUCUUGUUCCGCUUCACUAGUGCCAAAAGAUAAGGAAACAGAAAUAAAUGGUGAGAAACCAGAAUUCAUACAGCCUUUGAAAUCAGCUUCCAUAAUGGAUGGGGAACCUAUUAUAUUGUCAUGCGAAGUAAAGGGAAUUCCUUGGCCUAAAAUAGAAUGGUACCACGAUACAAAGAUCAUAGAAAAAGCAAGAGACGUAGCAGUGGCAAGACAGGAAUCCGGUUUAUGUGAACUUCACAUUAAAGAAGCAUUUCCAGAAAUGUCGGGCUCUUAUAUCUGUACAGCAACUAACUCUUUCGGGAGUUGCUCCAGUGAAUGUAUUUUAACCGUGGAAGCUUAUGAAUAUGCAUCUGAGGAGGAUAUAUUGAGUGACGAGAAAACCAGUGACAUUGAAGAAUUUGCACCAAAGAUUGUUAAAGCCUUACCUACAGUUGUGUCUACGACAGAGGGCACACUUACGAGGUUAGAGGCAAAGGCUAUAGGCAUGCCGAAACCGCAGAUAAGAUGGUUGAAACAUGGAAUGGAAAUUGUUCAGUCCCAAGAAUACCAGAUUGAAGAAUUGGAAGACGGCACAUCAAUUUUAAUUAUUCCCGAGGUUUACCAAGAUGAUACGGGGGAAAUUAAAUUUGAAGCAUACAACCACCUUGGAGUGACAUCAACCAUUGCCGCACUAUCCGUUGAGAGUAUCAUUGGAACAAAAGAAUACCGCAAACCAGAAUGGGUGACACAUAUGGAAGAAUUGCAAGCUGCAUUGAAAGCUACUCAAUCUGUCCCGACUUUUGUAAAGGAAAUAUUAGGGGAGCGUGUUCAUGAAGAAGACACUGUAAAGUUUGAAGCAGUUUAUAGUGGAAAUCCAACCCCAGAAAUCCUAUGGUACAAGGAUGACAAAGUUAUAAGAACCGAUGAGCAAUAUACAGUUGAGAAUGUGGACAGUCAUACCUGGUGUAUAAUUAAGAAAGCCAACAAAGCAAAUGAAGGAACAUAUAUGUGUAAAGCUGUCAGUGAUAUUGGAAUGGCCGUAACUAAAGCCAAGUUGCAAGUAUUCAAAGCAGGAGAAACUAUUAAAAAAGCAAAAACUUUAAGAGAAAAAACAAAACUUGAAAAAACGGUUAAGCGUGAAAAAGAUGUAAUAGAAAAAGAAAAAGCAAAAACUGUCUUAGAAGAAGCAACUCCUACCGUCACAGAGGAAGUACAAGAAAUCGUCGAGCCAAAACCUAUCAAAAAAAUUCCAAAAGAAAAGGUUACAGUCAAAUUGAGCUCAGCGGAACAUGUUGAAACUGUUGAUGUGGCUUCCUUUAAAAAAGUUGACAAAAAAGAAAAGCCUGCACCUCAACCUGAAACUUUAAAGCCAGAUAUAACACCACAUGAACAUCUCAUAUCUUCACAACAGCAGAAAGAAGAAAUGGCCGAAUUAUUUGAGAAAUCUCCCAUAGAUAAACAAAAGGGAAUCAUUAAAACAGUUGAGUCAGACUCCAAAAUGGUGGCUGAGAUUAAUGAGUUACUUGAGGUUAUCAAUGCCAGGGAGUUUGGUCCCGGCGAGUCACCACUUAGAGAACUCGCUAAAAUAGGUUAUAUGUUAAGAACUGGUGUCACAACUGAAGAGAUAGAAAGUCUGUAUGAUUCCCAAUAUUUCCCAGCCCUGCGAGUGCCGCAAUCCCAAUCAGCCUUAGUCCAGUUGGUUGAACGUCAAGGGCAUGGCGCACUCAUUACAGAGGUUCUAACAGAAGAAACGACACAAGACGAAGACGUAAUUGCCGCAAAGGUGGGCUUCCGCGCUUUUCUGAAGAUGGUUGAAAUGAAGGCCAGUUCCGUCGAAGAAGUCAUUGCACACUUUUAUCCAGAAGACUUCAAACCACGGUCAUGGGAACAAAGAGAAGCACAUGAGGUCAUCGUGGAGUCUUCAGCAGCACACAUGGCAGAGAGUCGUACAACGAAAGUUAUAAAAGAUACGUCGGUGGUUGUCGAAGAAGAAGAUGUCAAAGAAAAAGAACAAGUCAAAAGCAAAAAGCAUACUAAACAGAAAAACUUCUCCGAGUUACGCAUUGAAGAAGAAGUUGUUGGAGAAAGAAAAGCAGUCAAAACAGUUCAUUCCAGGGAAAAUGUUGAAGUUUAUGAAGACGACGAAGCAGGAUUACUUGAAACUGCAGAGACAAUUUACAAAACUACGACACCUACAUCUAUUCAUGAAAAUAAAAUAGAAGUAGUCCCUGCUAGUGAGGUAUCUCAUAUAAUACCAGACAAAACAACCGAUAAAAUUAAGGCUAACCUCAAAAUUGACACUAACUAUCCAUUAGUUAACGCAUCACAACAAGCUGAAGAAAGAGAAGAAUCAUUGCUUGUUAAAGAACAAGUUAAACUUCAUGUCAAACCAUCCAUUCCAGAAAAUGAGUCAGUAGAAGUAACUGAAAUAGAAAUCAGCAAUUCAGUGGACGACUACUCAGCAGAUUUUACCAAAGCCGACGUUAAGGCAGUAAAAAACAUUGUCCCAGUAGAAAGUUUAUUAACAACAGAAGUACAAGCAGAUUUAGAUCUGAUGGAUCUCCAAAAAGCUGAAACAUCAUUUAGCAGUGCUAAACCAUCUGUUUCAUUAAAAGAUGCUGUAAACGUAUCAGAACAAAUAAUAAACAUAAAAGAAGAGUCAUUUGAGAAACUUGAGAUAAGGAAGUCAAAUGCGGCAGUGUCAGUUUCUCCCUUAUUGGGAUUAAGUGUUACAGAAGUUACGGAUGAAUUAAAAGAGUACGACAUUGAAAGCAAGACAACAGAAAAAGCAGCUUCGUCUCGCCUUAAUUUUAAUUUGCACGAAUCACUUCAAGUUGGAGAAGUUUUUGUUGAAGAUAAGUCUGGACGAUAUUACCCGGAACUAAUCGUGCCUACCGAAACAGCUCGAAAAGAUGUAUUAACAUCUAACCAGAUUUUGACGGAAGUACAUGAUGUUCAAGAAAAGGAAGGGUUAUUACAAGCUCUGAAAUUACCACCAACUCAGGAAGCCAAUGUAGAUGUAACAAUUAAAGAUAGCUUGCAAGUAACUUUUGAUGAAACACACGAAAAAGAAGGCGAGUUUAUUAAAAAAGAAUUACCUGCAACAGUUACAGUAGAUAAGGAAUUAUCAUUACACACAAGUAUUAAUACAUCGGUAGUAAGUUCACAUAUUAAUGAGAUAGAUUUUGUACCCGAGCCCUUACCAAGUAAGAAAGCUAAUAUUGGUGUUAGCGAACAUCAACAUAAGUUUAAUUUGGAAACAAAUAUUCAUGAAUCUGAAAUUAAUUUCGAGGAAUCUAAAGCUAUACUGAGCACACAUGCAGACGUUUCAAUUUCUUUAUUAGAUAAAAACUUUGUUGAAGAAGUUCAAAUCAAUGAAAGUGAAAAGGAUCUUUUAAUCAAAGACGAAAAGUACAGUGCCAUAGCAGAUAUGGAUGUUCGCGCUGUUGAACCAAUAGUAACCUCUGAAACUCUACAAAUGACUUCCAUAGGUGAACUAAAAUUGCAAGAUAAGAUCCAAGAUGAAUCGGCUACGGAGACAGUGAUUACAGAAAACGCCAAAAUUGUAAUAGCUCCCUUAAUACACGAACAAGAAACAUCAGAAGAGUACUUAACCAAAAAGGCUGAAACUAUAACACUCUCAGUGGUACCUAAUAUUCCCAUCACUAUAUGUGAAAAUGAGUCAUCUGAAUCAGAGAAUAAACUUACCUUGAAUAAGAUACCAGAAGUUAGUUCAACAAAACCUAUGCCUACUCAUCAACUAAAAACACCUAUAUCAGAAGAGGUAAACACAGCCGAUCAAAUUAAUUUCAUUCCUUUGACUUCAAAUGCUACAGAAAAAGCAUCUGAAGUAUAUAGAGAUCUGCAUAAAGAAAUCACCAUUUUACAAACAACAGUCCAAGAACAACUAGACAAGUUAGAUGAAAACCAAACCAACCAUAGCAAAGCUGUACCUACCUUUGUUGAAAAUGAAAGUUUAAAUGUUACAGAAAUAAUUUCAAACGUCACUGAAAACGAUUUACCAUCUCAUAGGAAUAUACUUGAUGUUUUUGCUAAAACCGAUAUGGAAAUUAAUCACAAGAUUGCUGUUACGUCUGAGCCUAUUCUGAGAGAAGCUGUUGAUACAAUGGAAUCAAUGACACCGAAACAUGAAGCGGCUUGCCUUUCAUCUUAUAUAUUAAGCUCAUUGCAAGUCUCUGAAAACAAAGUAUUAGAUUCGCAAGAGAAUUUACCCGAAAGCGUGAAACCCAACCUUCAAUCUAUUCUUCCGGAAAUAAUACCAUCUCAAGAAUUAAAUAUCACGGAAGUAUACCAAAAUGAGAAAGAGAGCGCAUACGCAUCGAAAGACUUACCUGAGGUAUUUACCGCUCCGUCGCAAGUUAUAUCGUUACGAGCUGUAGCUGUAAGCUCAGAGUUAAUACCGGAUUCUAGCGUCGGUUUCACAGAAAGUGAAAAUAUAGAUAUAAAAUCUAAGCAAGCCAAGAUCGAAAACGUAGCCCAUAAUGAACUUCAGGUAACUUCAACGGAUUACAACGAAAAGGAAAGUUCAUUUGAGCGAACUCCAGUCCUAAAUACAGUAUCUGCUCAAAUAAGUAUCGACUCUGCUCAGGCUGUGUUGGUGGAAGAAAAUAAAUCUGAAAUCACUGCAAGAAAUUUUGAAACAACAAGUGAUUUAGCUUGGGCGAAAGCAAAACAAGGCGCCAUACCACAAGAAGCAAUUUCUCAAGAAGAAACAAUGGUACAUUUGUCAGAAGGUAUUAUAUUAUCCGAAGACAAAGUAAAUACGGCCAAAUCUGCAGUCUCAUUGACAACCCUCCAAGUGCCACAAUGCGAUGAGAAAGUUACUGUCGAGAGUGAAAAUCCAUUGACAUUAAACUUAUCACCAGAUCAGCAAAGCGCAAAUGUUUCCUUUACUUCUCGACAAAGCAUACAGGUAUCAGAAAUUUUGUCACAGUCUGAAAACUUGCAAAGUACUGAUACACUUGAUAUGGGAUAUAAAACUGCCUCACCUAAAAUAGAUGAAAUAUAUGGUAAAGCAGCGCGUACUGAGGAAGUUAUAGUAAACCAACAAACAGAAGAAUUCGUUAAUGAAAAAAUGACUGUCAAGCAAACAGAUGUUACAACGGUACCAUCUUAUACAUUACAACAAACAGAAAUUGUUGCAGCGGAAAUGGAGAUUGAACUACCUAAACAAUCUACAAUAACAUCAAAUAUUGAACCGGAUAUUACCGAAGCCCAAGCACUUAUAAUGAGUUGUAUUGAAACGAUAGAUAAGGAAAAUGAAUUUUCCGGAAAGUUAUCAGUUCCAACUCAAGAUGCCACUAUUGGUUUUGUGCCAUUAGUUAGCACUGUAAACACUGAAGUGCUUUCAACUAAUACCGUAGAAAAUCUACUCGAAAAAGCACCACAAUCCUCUCAAGCAACAAUGAUGAGCGAUGACCUACAUAGACAUUUACAAGGUUUACAGAUAUUACAUGCAGAAAAAGAAACCGAUUUAGUACCCAGUCAGAAAGAAUUUAAACAAUCAGCAAAAGAAAACUUUGUCGAAAUAUCAGCAAAAGAAGUAUCUGAAGUCAAUAUCAACGAAAAAGAAGCAGAGUUAUCGAAAAUGUUAGAUAUGUUUACGACUACUGCUAAACCAGCAUUAGAUGAACAGCAAUCACUAUUCAGCUCAGAAGUGAUUGUAAAUCAGGAAAUCGAAGACCUUCACGUUUCUGGAACUACAAUGUUAAAUGCACUUACUACUCAUGGAAUGAAAGAAGCCAUUCAAAAUAUGGAACCGUUUAUAGGCGAAAGCGAAGACACAAUAGUCAAAACAACACCAGCAAAGACUGAAUUAUUAAAACCUGUAGUUGAAGGAAAACAAUGUGCAGGCGUGUCAGAAAUCAUGCCAACAGAAAAAGAAGAUACCUUCCUUGUUCAUGAAAUAAUGCCACACAAAAAGCAGUUAGAACCAACCGACAGUGUAAAAUUACAUUCCAGUGUAGGUAUAGAUGAAACUGUACCCAUUGAAUCAGAAACCGAAUUACCACUUUGUUCAGAUUUUAAACAUAAAGCGGGAUUGACGGUCCUUCCUGAAGACUAUAUUAAUAUCUCGGAGACAACUGUAAUAGAAAAAGAGAACAUUUUACAAGCUAACCAAAUCCCUAAAAGUGCUACAUAUAAUGUGAAUUUGGAUGUACAUCGUCAUUUAAAUGUAGAAAUAUGUCAACAUACAGAAACAGAAGAAGUAAUUAGGAAUGACAGACCAAUAGUAACAAAAGAAAUACUUGAUUUUUCUUUAGAGCCUGUGAGGCCACUUUAUAUCACAGAAACGAAAUCUGAAGAAUGCCAUGAAGAACUAAUAUCCAGUAAAAAACCAGUAGAAUUAAGUCCAAAUAUUAACCUCGAAGUCGGUGACCAUAUAAACAUUACAGAAACAGUUGUUUUAGAAAAGGAUGACGAUUUGAACUUAGGAUUGUUGAAUAAAAUUGAACAUGGCAAAGCAAAUGUCGAAACAUCGAAACAUUUAACUGUAACUGAAACAGACAUCAGAGAGAACGAUUAUCCGUUAGAAAAUAUAGCCCAAACUGUAUCACAGCAGUCAGACGUAUCCAUUGAAGCUAAAAUACCAAUCCAAGUGCAAGAAGUUAUUUCUAAAGAAAGUGGUUCAGAUCUAGCGCAGUAUAAUAAACCACGUGAGGAAGUACUCAAUGUAUCUAUAGAAUCUCAACAUCAUCUGACUGUAACUGACGCAUUAGUAGGGGAAAACGAAAUCACAAUACAAGAUGAUCAAAUCCCACAAAGUGUAGAAAACAAGGUUAAAGUAGAAGCAAUGCAUCAUGUAAUGACAAAUGAAAUAACAGCAAUUGAAGAAAGUACAGAAUUUGUAGGCAGUAAAGCUUACAAAGAUGAAAAAGCAUCGAAAUCUCAAGCAGUUACAGAAGCUCUUUACAGUGAACAGACACAGGCGAUUGAGAGCGUAAGCACUAUAAAAACUACAUAUACACCAGAUUUAUCAACUGCUGACCAAGAAAUAAUUGGAUUAAAACCACUUGAACAAACGGAAGUAUUAGCAGAAGAAAAUCCUGAUGCUUUCGAUAAAUAUAUUCCUAAGGGAGAAACAGCAGAAACAGUGCAAACCACGAAAAAAGAACUAGUGUUAAGCCAACCAGAAACGUUUGAAAGCACUCAAAACCUGGCAGACAAAUUUGAAUCAGCACCUUCCCAAGUUCAACUUGAGCUGGAACUACAUAAGAGUUACAUAACAUCCGAGGACACAGCUGAGGAACAGCCAGAAAUAAUCAAAACUUCUGAAGAACAUGGUAAGUACGCUGAAAAACAAAUAAUAGAAAUGAAAUCACUGCAACAGCUGGAAAUAAUAGCAAAUGAAAAACCCGAACCCCUUGCAAAAUUCCUUCCAGAUAAAAAUGAUAAUGCCAUAGCAAGUCAAAAUACUUUGCAAGAGCUAACUAGUGCAGAAGCAUCUGUAUUUGAAAAUGUUACUAAUUUACCUUCCUCCGUUACAUUAGAGAUAGGUAAAGCUUCCACAGAUUUAGAAACACACAAAAGUUACAUUGUUAGCGACAAUAUUACUCACGAAGAAUCUGAAGAUAUCACCAUUGAAGGUAAGAAAAUAAGUUCGAUUGUGGGGCAGGUCUUAGAGUUUAAGCCUCUAGAACAAACAGAAAUAUUUGUUGGUGAAAAUACCUCUACAAUAAGUACAGUUACACAAGAAGGAAAAACGAUUACAGUCACACCAAUUGAAAAUGAAUCUGUAAGUCAGUCUGAUGUUAUUGUACAUGAAACUGGAACUGAAACAUCGUUUAGAAAGCCGAUUCAGAUGGAAACUGCUUCGUUAUCUUUAAAUACAACGCAAGGAAUUACUAUAAGUGAAGUAACUCAUGAAAGCGUUCCCGAAGAUUUCGUUCCUUAUGAAGGUAAACCAGUGAAAGCUGAUAAAACUGUUGCUCCAUUGUCACACUUACAAUGCACGGAAAAUAUAUCAGAAAUACACGCAGACGAAUUAACACUACAAUCUACACAGAGUAAAAAGCCUACAGUUGUCACUAGCGAAAUAGCACCACUCAUAGUCACAGACAAUACUUGUCUUCUUCAAGAGGAAAAUCUUCAAAUAACACAACCCAAAACUCAAAACGUACGCGAAAGCCUGACUAUAGCCAGUGAGGUAGAAGUCACGGAUGAAUUCGUCAAUGAACACGUUUCACCCUACAACGACGAUAUAUUGCAGUUAAAGAAAACAGGCAAAAUCACACAAACGAGCGACACUGAGCAUCAACUCACUAUAUCAGAGCAGGAAACACGAUUCCUAGAAAAAACCGACGAUAGGUAUUCUUCACCAAAAAUAUCGGACACGGAAGAAACUGAGGAAAUAGUAACCAUUUUCACACAAACACCAACCGGUGAACCAAUUCAAUCAAAAACUAAAAGAACAAUUUUAAGAAAGAAGAAGAAAACGCAGCAAGAAAACAUAGAAAAUGAUGUUGUAAUAGAGGAGAAGUUAGACGAGGACGAUAUAGUUAAACCGAUUACAAAACAUACUGUUGAUAUAGAGGAAUUUGAAGAAACCGACUUCACACCUAUUAAAGAAAUGGCAAAGGGCACCGUAGAAAUGCCCGAGGAUUAUUUGCAUUUGCCACAAUUAGAAUCACAGGUGCAAAUAGAAGAACUAACUGAAGAUUAUUCUAAAGCAUCCGAAAUUCCAACUGAGAUGGCAAGUGCAGACGACCAAACGACGACAGAGAAAAAAAUAAAAACAACCACGAAACGAGUCAUCAAGAAAAAGCAAGGGUCUGACGAUAAAUUUAUUGAAUCGGUUGUUAUUCAAGAUAAAUCUCCGGAACUGCCAGAGGAAACAACUAUAGAAGACGUAACAUUUGAUGAACAUACCGACAACAGACAAAGCUCACCUAAAAUAUCUGACACAGAGGAAACUGAAGAAAUUGUAACCAAGUUCACACAAGCUCCAAAUGGAGAAACAAUACAAACCAAAACAAAGAGAACUAUAAUAAGAAAAAAGAAAAAAAUAUUACAAGAUUCAAUGGACAACGACGUAGUAAUAGAAGAAAAAUUGGACGAUGAUGACAUAGAUAAACAUCCAAGAAUUCAACAUCACCAGGUUGACAUAGAAGAAUUUGAAGAUACUGAUUAUACUCCCGUUAAGGAUACUGCAAGAGGAACCAUCGAAUCACCUGAUGAUUAUUUGCAUGUGCCCAUAUCAGAAUCACAGGUUGAAAUAGAGGAGGUAACAGAAGACACAACUACACCAUUCCAAACCCAAGUCGCAGCAGAAGAAACAGAGAAACGUAUGCCUACAGAAUCACCAGAAAACAUAACAUUAGAAGAGUUUACAACACCAGAAGGCAAAAUAAUAAAAAGGAAGACAAUAAAGAAAAAAACUAAACGUACCAAAGGUGAUAAAACCGAAACAACUCAAAUCGUAACCGACAAAAUAGGUGAUAUUACAGUCUCGACACAUACUCAACUCGAACAAGCUGAUGACGUUGCCACGCCAUUUGAGGGCACACAACAUUAUGAAAAUGCUAAAAUAAUCGAGGAAGAACCAGAAAAAGUUGAAAUCUCCCAGGUUCGUACCGAAACUGGAGAAGUGAAAAAGGUCAAAACCACUAAGCGCAUCAUCAAAAAAGGCCCUAAAAAAGAAGUAACUGAAAUAACUAUCACCGAAAACGAAGGUGAGGAGCCCAUCACAACAGUCACUGUAACAUCCGCGCCGGAAGAAGAGCAACUAAAACCCAUUGAAACAAUAGAACUACCAGAAGAAGUAGCAGAAAUGAGCGAAACUACGCCUGAAGGCAAGACGAUUAAGAAAAAAACUGUAAAAAGAAUCAUAAAGCGUAAGAAGGGGCCAAUUACAGAAACAACACAAAUCACCACGGAACAAGAAGGCGACCUACCGCCAAUUAUAUCAGUACACACAAGUGAGGAAUUUACAGAUGACCUGGUCACUCCAUUCGAUAAUACACAACUAUAUGACACGGCUAAAAUCAUCGAGGAGGAACCAGAAAAAGUGGAAAUUUCUCAGAUUCGUACAGAAAAAGGUGAAGUUAAAAAGGUGAAAACUACUAAGCGCGUCAUCAAGAAGGGUCCCAAAAAAGAAGUGACUGAAAUAACUACGAUAGAAAAAGAAGGCGAAGAGCCCAUUACAACAGUCACUAUUGCACCUGCGACAGAAGAACAAACAACAUCAAUCGAGGCGGUGGAGCUGCCAGAAGAAAUAUCUGAAGUGAAUGAAAAAACUCCUGAAGGUAAGAUUAUUAGGAAGAAAACUAUUAAGCGGGUCAUAAAACGAAAGAAGGGACCUAUUACUGAAACUACACAGAUUAUCACUGAACAAGAAGGCGACGAAAAACCAAUCAUUUCAGUACACACAAGUGACGAAUUAACAGAUGACACAGUCACCCCAUUCGAAACUACACAACCAUACGACAACGCUAAAUUCAUCGAAGAAGAACCCGAAAAAGUUGAAAUUUCUCAGAUUCGUACAGAAACAGGUGAAGUUAAAAAGGUUAAAACUACUAAGCGCGUGAUCAAGAAGGGUCCUAAAAAAGAAGUCACUGAAAUAACCACCAUCGAAAAAGAAGGCGAAGAACCCAUCACAACAGUCACUGUUGCUUCUGCGCCGGAAGACGAGAAACCGACACCAAUAGAGACCGUAGAACUGCCAGAAGAAGUAGCAGAAGUAAGCGAAACUACUCCUGAAGGUAAGACUAUUAAGAAGAAAACUAUUAAACGGGUCAUAAAACGAAAGAAGGGACCAAUUACAGAAACUACACAAAUCACCACUGAACAAGAAGACGACAAAACACCAAUCAUUUCAGUACACACAAGUGAAGAAUUCACAGAUGACUCAGUCACUCCAUUCGAGAGUACACAGCUGUAUGACAAGGUUAAAAUCAUCGAAGAGGAACCAGAAAAAGUAGAAAUCUCCCAGGUUCGCACACAAACUGGAGAAGUUAAGAAGGUCAAAACUACUAAGCGCAUCAUCAAAAAGGGCCCCAAGAAAGAAGUAACUGAAAUAACAACUGUCGAAAAAGAAGGCGAAGAGCCCGUUACAACUGUCACUGUUACUCCCGCGCCAGAAGAAGAAAAACCAACACCAAUCCAGGUGGUGGAGCUGCCAGAAGAAAUAUCUGAAGUAAGCGAAACUACUCCUGAAGGUAAGACUAUUAAGAAGAAAACUAUUAAGAGGAUCAUUAAGCGUAAGAAGGGACCAAUUACAGAGACGACUCAAAUCACCACUGAACAAGAAGACGACAAAACACCAAUCAUUUCAGUACACACAAGCGAAGAAUUCACAGAUGACUCAGUCACUCCAUUCGAGAGUACACAGCUGUAUAACAAGGCUAAAAUAGUUGAGGAAGAACCAGAAAAAGUGGAAAUCUCCCAGGUUCGCACAGAAACUGGUGAAGUUAAAAAGGUCAAAACUACUAAGCGCAUCAUUAAAAAGGGCCCCAAGAAAGAAGUAACUGAAAUAAAAACAGUCGAAAAAGAAGGCGAAGAGCCCGUAACAACAGUCACUGUUACUCCCGCGCCAGAAGAAGAACACCCAACACCAAUUGAGGCGGUGGAGCUGCCAGAGGAAAUAUCUGAAGUGAGCGAAACUACUCCCGAAGGUAAGACUAUUGCAAAGAAAACUAUUAAGAGAGUCAUAAAACGUAAGAAGGGACCAAUCACAGAGACUACACAAAUCACCACUGAACAAGAAGACGACAAAACACCAAUAAUUUCAGUACAUACAAGCGAAGAAUUCACAGAUGACUCAGUCACUCCAUACGAGAGUACACAGCUGUAUGAAAACGCUAAAAUUAUACAGGAGGAACCCGAAAAAGUGGAAAUCUCCCAUGUUCGCACACUAACUGGAGAAGUUAAAAAGGUCAAAACUACUAAGCGCAUCAUCAAAAAAGGCCCCAAGAAAGAAGUAACUGAAAUAACAACUGUCGAAAAAGAAGGCGAAGAGCCCGUUACAACUGUCACUGUUACUCCCGCGCCAGAAGAAGAAAACCCAACACCAAUCGAGACGGUGGAGCUGCCAGAAGAAAUAUCUGAAGAGAGCGAAACUACUCCUGAAGGUAAGACUAUUAAGAAGAAGACUAUUAAGAGGGUCAUAAAACGUAAGAAGGGACCAAUCACGGAGACUACACAAAUCACCACUGAACAAGAAGACAACAAAACACCAAUCAUUUCAGUACAAACAAGCGAAGAAUUCACAGAUGACACCGUCACUCCAUACGAGGACACACAACUUUAUGAAAACGCUAAAAUCAUUGAGGAGGAACCUGAAAAAGUAGAAAUCUCCCAGGUUCGCACACAAACUGGAGAAGUUAAAAAGGUUAAAACUACUAAGCGCGUCAUCAAAAAGGGCCCUAAGAAAGAAGUCACUGAAAUAACAACUGUCGAAAAAGAAGGAGAAGAGCCCGUUACCACAGUCACUGUUACUCCCGCGCCAGAAGAAGAAAAACCAACACCAAUAGAGGCGGUAGAGCUACCAGAAGAAAUAUCUGAAGUGAGCGAAACUACUCCUGAAGGUAAGACUAUUAAGAAGAAAACUAUUAAGAGGAUCAUUAAGCGUAAGAAGGGGCCAAUCACAGAGACUACACAAAUCACCACAGAACAAGAAGACGACAAAACACCAAUCAUUUCAGUACACACAAGCGAAGAAUUCACAGAUGACACAAUCACUCCAUUCGAGAGUACACAGCUGUAUGACAACGCUAAAAUCAUAGAAGAGGAACCAGAAAAAGUGGAAAUCUCCCAGGUUCGCACACUAACUGGAGAAGUUAAGAAGGUAAAAACUACUAAGCGCAUCAUCAAAAAGGGCCCCAAGAAAGAAGUAACUGAAAUAACAACGGUCGAAAAAGAAGGCGAAGAGCCCGUUACAACUGUCACUGUUACUCCCGCGCCAGCAGAAGAAAAACCAACACCAAUCCAGGUGGUGGAGCUGCCAGAAGAAAUAUCUGAAGUGAGCGAAACUACUCCUGAAGGUAAGACUAUUAAGAAGAAAACUAUUAAGAGAGUCAUAAAACGUAAGAAGGGACCAAUCACAGAGACUACACAAAUCACCACUGAACAAGAAGACGACAAAACACCAAUCAUUUCAGUACACACAAUCGAAGAAUUCACAGAUGACAUUGUCACUCCAUUCGAGGACACACAACUUUAUGACAACGCUAAAAUCAUUGAGGAGGAACCUGAAACAGUGGAAAUCUCCCAGGUUCGCACACUAACUGGAGAAGUUAAGAAGGUCAAAACUACUAAGCGCAUCAUUAAAAAGGGCCCAAAGAAAGAAGUAACUGAAAUAAAAACUGUCGAAAAAGAAGGCGAAGAGCCCGUAACAACAGUCACUGUUACUACCGUGCCAGAAGAAGAACAACCACAACCAAUCGAGGCGGUGGAGCUGCCUGAAGAAAUAUCUGAAGAAAGCGAAACUACUCCUGAUGGUAAGACUGUUAAGAAGAAAACUAUUAAGAGGAUCAUUAAGCGCAAGAAGGGACCAAUCACAGAGACUACACAAAUUACCACUGAACAAGAAGACGACAAAACACCAAUCAUUUCUGUACAAACAAGCGAAGAAUUCACAGAUGACACAGUCACUUCAUUCGAGAGUACACAGCUGUAUGACAACGCUAAAAUCAUAGAGGAGGAACCAGAAAAAGUGGAAAUCUCCCAGGUUCGCACACUAACUGGAGAAGUAAAGAAGGUCAAAACUACUAAGCGCAUCAUCAAAAAGGGCCCCAAGAAAGAAGUAACUGAAAUAACAACGGUCGAAAAAGAAGGCGAAGAGCCAGUUACAACAGUCACUGUUACUCCCGCGCCAGAAGAAGAAAAACCAACACCAAUCGAGGCGGUGGAGCUGCCAGAAGAAAUAUCUGAAGUAAGCGAAACUACUCCUGAAGGUAAGACUAUUAAGAAGAAAACUAUUAAGAGGGUCAUUAAGCGUAAGAAGGGACCCAUUACAGAAACAACACAAAUCACCACUGAACAAGAAGACGACAAAACACCAAUCAUUUCAGUACACACAAGCGAAGAAUUCACAGAUGACACUGUCACUCCAUUCGAGGACACACAACUUUAUGACAACGCUAAAAUCAUCGAGGAGGAACCGGAAACAGUGAAAAUCUCCCAGGUUCGCACAAAAACUGGAGACGUUAAAAAGAUCAAAACUACUAAACGCAUCAUUAAAAAGGGUCCGAAAAAAGAAGUAACUGAAAUAACAACUGUCGAAAAAGAAGGCGAAGAGCCCGUUACAACUGUCACUGUUACUCCCGCGCCAGAAGAAGAACAACCAAAACCAAUCGAGGCCGUCGAACUGCCAGAAGAAGUGGCUGAAGUAAGCGAAACUACUCCUGAAGGUAAGACUAUUAAGAAGAAAACUAUUAAGAGGAUCAUUAAGCGUAAGAAGGGACCAAUUACAGAAACAACACAAAUCACCACUGAACAAGAAGACGACAAAACACCAAUCAUUUCAGUACACACAAGCGAAGAAUUCACAGAUGACACAGUCAUUCCACUCGAGAAUACACAACUUUAUGACAAUGCUAAAAUCAUCGAGGAGGAACCUGAAAAAAUAGAAAUCUCCCAGGUUCGCACAGAAACUGGUGAAGUCAAAAAGGUCAAAACUACUAAACGCGUCAUCAAAAAGGGACCCAAGAAAGAAGUAACUGAAAUAACAACAGUCGAAAAAGAAGGAGAAGAGCCCAUCACAACAGUAACUGUUACUCCCGCGCCAGAAGAAGAACAACCAAAACCAAUCGAGACCGUGGAACUGCCGGAAGAAGUGGCUGAAGUAAGCGAAACUACUCCUGAAGGUAAGACUAUUAAAAAGAAAACUAUUAAGAGGAUCAUUAAGCGUAAGAAGGGACCAAUCACAGAGACCACACAAAUCACCACUGAACAAGAAGACGACAAAACACCAAUCGUUUCAGUACACACAAGCGAAGAAUUCACAGAUGACUCAGUCACUCCAUUCGAGGACAUACAAAUUUAUGACAACGCUAAAAUCAUCGAGGAGGAACCUGAAAAAAUAGAAAUCUCCCAGGUUCGCACAGAAACUGGUGAAGUCAAAAAGGUCAAAACUACUAAACGCGUCAUCAAAAAGGGACCCAAGAAAGAAGUGACUGAAAUUACAACUGUCGAAAAAGAAGGCGAAGAGCCCAUCACAACAGUAACUGUUACUCCCGCGCCAGAAGAAGAACAACCAAAAGCAAUCGAGACCGUGGAACUGCCGGAAGAAGUAGCUGAAGAGACCAAAACUACUCCUGAAGGUAAGACUAUUAAGAAGAAAACUAUUAAGAGGGUCAUUAAGCGUAAGAAAGGACCAAUUACAGAAACAACACAAAUCACCACUGAACAAGAAGACGACAAAACACCAAUCAUUUCAGUACACACAAGCGAAGAAUUCACAGAUGACACAGUCACUCCAUUCGAGAACACACAACUUUAUGACAGCGCUAAAAUCGUCGAGGAGGAACCAGAAAAAGUGGAAAUCUCCCAGGUUCACACACAAACUGGGGAAGUUAAAAAGGUCAAAACUACCAAGCGUAUCAUCAAAAAGGGGCCCAAGAAAGAAGUAACUGAAAUAACUACGGUCGAAAAAGAAGGAGAAGAGCCCGUUACAACAGUCACAGUUAUUUCCACACCAGAAGAAGAACAACCACAACCAAUCGAGGCGCUAGAACUGCCAGAAGAAAUAUCUGAAGUAAGCGAAACUACUCCUGAAGGAAAGACUGUUAAGAAGAAAACUAUUAAGAGGAUCAUUAAGCGUAAGAAGGGACCAAUCACAGAGACUACACAAAUCACCACUGAACAAGAAGACGACAAAACACCAAUCGUUUCAGUACAAACAAGCGAAGAAUUCACAGAUGACUCAGUCACUCCAUUCGAGGAUAUACAACUUUAUGAAAACGCUAAAAUCAUCGAGGAGGAACCUGUAAAAGUGGAAAUCUCCCAGGUUCGCACACAAAAGGGAGAGGUUAAAAAGGUCAAAACUACUAAGCGCGUCAUCAAAAAGGGCCCUAAGAAAGAAGUCACUGAAAUAACAACUGUCGAAAAAGAAGGAGAUGAGCCCGUUACCACAGUCACAGUUACUCCCGCGAGAGAAGAAAAACAACCAACUCCAAUAGAAGCGGUAGAGCUACCAGAAGAAAUAUCUGAAGUGAGCGAAACUACUCCCGAAGGUAAGACUAUUAAGAAAAAAACUAUUAAGAGAGUCAUAAAACGUAAGAAGGGACCAAUUACAGAGACUACACAAAUCACCACUGAACAAGAAGACAACAAAACACCAAUCAUUUCAGUACACACAAGCGAAGAAUUCACAGAUGACACCGUCACUCCAUACGAGGACACACAACUUUAUGAAAACGCUAAAAUCAUUGAGGAGGAACCUGAAAAAGUGGAAAUCUCCCAGGUUCGCACACUGACUGGAAAAGUUAAAAAGGUCAAAACUACUAAGCGCGUCAUCAAAAAGGGCCCUAAUAAAGAAGUCACUGAAAUAACAACUGUCGAAAAAGAAGGAGAAGAGCCCGUUACCACAGUCACUGUUACUCCCGCGCCAGAAGAAGAACAACCAACACGAAUAGAGACCGUGGAACUGCCGGAAGAAGUAGCUGAAGAGACCGAAACUACUCCUGAAGGUAAGACGAUUAAAAAGAAAACUAUUAAGAGGAUCAUUAAGCGUAAGAAGGGACCAAUCACUGAGACUACACAAAUCACCACUGAACAAGAGGACGACAAAACACCAAUCAUUUCAGUACACACAAGCGAAGAAUUCACAGAUGACACAGUCACUCCGUUCGAGAACACACAACUUUAUGACAGUGCUAAAAUCAUCGAGGAAGAACCUGAAAAAAUAGAAAUCUCCCAGGUUCGCACAGAAACUGGUGAGGUCAAAAAGGUAAAAACUACUAAGCGCGUCAUCAAAAAGGGUCCCAAGAAAGAAGUAACUGAAAUAACAACUGUCGAAAAAGAAGGCGAAGAGCCCAUCACAACAGUAACUGUUACUCCCGCGCCAGAAGAAGAACAACCAAAACCAAUCGAGACCGUGGAAUUGCCGGAAGAAGUAGCUGAAGAGACCGAAACUACUCCUGAAGGUAAGACUAUUAAAAAGAAAACUAUUAAGAGGAUCAUUAAGCGUAAGAAGGGACCAAUCACAGAGACCACACAAAUCACCACUGAACAAGAAGACGACAAAACACCAAUCAUUUCAGUACACACAAGCGAACAAUUCACAGAUGACACAGUCAUUCCAUUCGAGAACACACAACUUUAUGACAACGCUAAAAUCAUCGAGGAGGAACCUGAAAAAGUGGAAAUCUCCCAGAUUCGCACAGAAACCGGUGAAGUCAAAAAGGUAAAAACUACUAAGCGUGUCAUCAAAAAGGGUCCCAAGAAAGAACUAACUGAAAUAACAACCGUCGAAAAAGAAGGCGAAGAGCCCAUCACAACAGUAACUGUUACUCCCGCGUCAGAAGAAGAACAACCAAAACCAAUCGAGACCGUGGAACUGCCGGAAGAAGUAGCUGAAGAGACCGAAACUACUCCUGAAGGUAAGACUAUUAAAAAGAAAACUAUUAAGAGGAUCAUUAAGCGUAAGAAGGGACCAAUCACAGAGACCACACAAAUCACCACUGAACAAGAAGACGACAAAACACCAAUCAUUUCAGUACACACAAGCGAAGAAUUCACAGAUGACACAGUCAUUCCAUUCGAGAACACACAACUUUAUGACAACGCUAAAAUCAUCGAGGAGGAACCUGAAAAAGUGGAAAUCUCCCAGAUUCGCACAGAAACCGGUGAAGUCAAAAAGGUAAAAACUACUAAGCGCGUCAUCAAAAAGGGUCCCAAGAAAGAAGUAACUGAAAUAAUAACUGUCGAAAAAGAAGGCGAAGAGCCCAUCACAACAGUAACUGUUACUCCCGCGCCAGAAGAAGAACAACCAAAACCAAUCGAGACCGUGGAAUUGCCGGAAGAAGUAGCUGAAGAGACCGAAACUACUCCUGAAGGUAAGACUAUUAAAAAGAAAACUAUUAAGAGGAUCAUUAAGCGUAAGAAGGGACCAAUCACAGAGACCACACAAAUCACCACUGAACAAGAAGACGACAAAACACCAAUCAUUUCAGUACACACAAGCGAAGAAUUCACAGAUGACACAGUCAUUCCAUUCGAGAACACACAACUUUAUGACAACGCUAAAAUCAUCGAGGAGGAACCUGAAAAAGUGGAAAUCUCCCAGAUUCGCACAGAAACCGGUGAAGUCAAAAAGGUAAAAACUACUAAGCGUGUCAUCAAAAAGGGUCCCAAGAAAGAACUAACUGAAAUAACAACCGUCGAAAAAGAAGGCGAAGAGCCCAUCACAACAGUAACUGUUACUCCCGCGUCAGAAGAAGAACAACCAAAACCAAUCGAGACCGUGGAACUGCCGGAAGAAGUAGCUGAAGAGACCGAAACUACUCCUGAAGGUAAGACUAUUAAAAAGAAAACUAUUAAGAGGAUCAUUAAGCGUAAGAAGGGACCAAUCACAGAGACCACACAAAUCACCACUGAACAAGAAGACGACAAAACACCAAUCAUUUCAGUACACACAAGCGAAGAAUUCACAGAUGACACAGUCAUUCCAUUCGAGAACACACAACUUUAUGACAACGCUAAAAUCAUCGAGGAGGAACCUGAAAAAAUAGAAAUCUCCCAGGUCCGCACAGAAACUGGUGAGGUCAAAAAGGUAAAAACUACUAAGCGCGUCAUCAAAAAGGGUCCCAAGAAAGAAGUAACUGAAAUAAUUACUGUCCAAAAAGAAGGUGAAGAGCCCAUCACAACAGUCACUGUUACUCCCGCGCCAGAAGAAGAACAACCAAAACCAAUCGAGACCGUGGAACUGCCGGAAGAAGUAGCUGAAGAGACCGAAACUACUCCUGAAGGUAAGACGAUUAAAAAGAAAACUAUUAAGAGGAUCAUUAAGCGUAAGAAGGGACCAAUCACAGAGACCACACAAAUCACCACUGAACAAGAAGACAACAAAACCCCAAUCAUUUCAGUACACACAAGCGAAGAAUUCACAGAUGACACAGUCAUUCCAUUCGAGAACACACAACUUUAUGACAACGCUAAAAUCAUCGAGGAGGAACCUGAAAAAAUAGAAAUCUCCCAGGUUCGCACAGAAACUGGUGAGGUCAAAAAGGUAAAAACUACUAAGCGCGUCAUCAAAAAGGGUCCCAAGAAAGAAGUAACUGAAAUAAUAACUGUCGAAAAAGAAGGCGAAGAGCCCAUCACAACAGUAACUGUUACUCCCGCGCCAGAAGAAGAACAACCAAAACCAAUCGAGACCGUGGAACUGCCGGAAGAAGUAGCUGAAGAGACCGAAACUACUCCUGCAGGUAAGACUAUUAAGAAAAAAACUAUUAAGAGGAUCAUUAAGCGUAAGAAGGGACCCAUUACAGAAACAACACAAAUCACCACUGAACAAGAAGACGACAAAACACCAAUCAUUUCAGUACACACAAGCGAAGAAUUCACAGAUGACACAGUCAUUCCAUUCGAGAACACACAACUUUAUGACAACGCUAAAAUCAUCGAGGAGGAACCUGAAAAAGUGGAAAUCUCCCAGAUUCGCACAGAAACCGGUGAAGUCAAAAAGGUAAAAACUACUAAGCGUGUCAUCAAAAAGGGUCCCAAGAAAGAACUAACUGAAAUAACAACCAUCGAAAAAGAAGGCGAAGAGCCCAUCACAACAGUAACUGUUACUCCCGCGCCAGACGAAGAACAACCAAAACCAAUCGAGACCGUGGAACUGCCGGAAGAAGUAGCUGAAGAGACCGAAACUACUCCUGAAGGUAAGACUAUUAAAAAGAAAACUAUUAAGAGGAUCAUUAAGCGUAAGAAGGGACCAAUCACAGAGACCACACAAAUCACCACUGAACAAGAAGACGACAAAACACCAAUCAUUUCAGUACACACAAGCGAAGAAUUCACAGAUGACACAGUCAUUCCAUUCGAGAACACACAACUUUAUGACAACGCUAAAAUCAUCGAGGAGGAACCGGAAACAGUGAAAAUCUCCCAGGUUCGCACAAAAACUGGAGACGUUAAAAAGAUCAAAACUACUAAACGCAUCAUUAAAAAGGGUCCCAAGAAAGAAGUAACUGAAAUAAUAACUGUCGAAAAAGAAGGUGAAGAGCCCAUCACAACAGUAACUGUUACUCCCGCGCCAGAAGAAGAACAACCAAAACCAAUCGAGACCGUGGAACUGCCGGAAGAAGUAGCUGAAGAGACCGAAACUACUCCUGAAGGUAAGACGAUUAAAAAGAAAACUAUUAAGAGGAUCAUUAAGCGUAAGAAGGGACCAAUCACAGAGACCACACAAAUCACCACUGAACAAGAAGACAACAAAACACCAAUCAUUUCAGUACACACAAGCGAAGAAUUCACAGAUGACACAGUCACUCCGUUCGAGAACACACCACUUUAUGACAGUGCUAAAAUCAUCGAGGAGGAACCUGAAAAAGUGCAAAUCUCCCAGAUUCACACAGAAACCGGUGAAGUCAAAAAGGUAAAAACUACUAAGCGCGUCAUCAAAAAGGGUCCCAAGAAAGAAGUAACUGAAAUAAUAACUGUCGAAAAAGAAGGCGAAGAGCCCAUCACAACAGUAACUGUUACUCCCGCGCCAGAAGAAGAACAACCAAAACCAAUCGAGACCGUGGAACUGCCGGAAGAAGUAGCUGAAGAGACCGAAACUACUCCUGAAGGUAAGACUAUUAAAAAGAAAACUAUUAAGAGGAUCAUUAAGCGUAAGAAGGGACCAAUCACAGAGACCACACAAAUCACCACUGAACAAGAAGACGACAAAACACCAAUCAUUUCAGUACACACAAGCGAAGAAUUCACAGAUGACACAGUCAUUCCAUUCGAGAACACACAACUUUAUGACAACGCUAAAAUCAUCGAGGAGGCACCUGAAAAAAUAGAAAUCUACCAGGUUCGCACAGAAACUGGUGAGGUCAAAAAGGUAAAAACUACUAAGCGCGUCAUCAAAAAGGGUCCCAAAAAAGAAGUAACUGAAAUAAUAACUGUCGAAAAAGAAGGUGAAGAGCCCAUCACAACAGUAACUGUUACUCCCGCGCCAGAAGAAGAACAACCAAAACCAAUCGAGAUCGUGGAACUGCCGGAAGAAGUAGCAGAAGAGACCGAAACUACUCCUGAAGGUAAGACGAUUAAAAAGAAAACUAUUAAGAGGAUCAUUAAGCGUAAGAAGGGACCAAUCACAGAGACCACACAAAUCACCACUGAACAAGAAGACAAUAAAACACCAAUCAUUUCAGUACACACAAGCGAAGAAUUCACAGAUGACACAGUCAUUCCAUUCGAGAACAAACAACUUUAUGACAACGCUAAAAUCAUCGAGGAGGAACCUGAAAAAGUGGAAAUCUCCCAGGUUCGCACAGAAACUGGUGAAGUCAAAAACGUAAAAACUACUAAGCGCGUCAUCAAAAAGGGUCCCAAGAAUGAAGUAACCGAAAUAACAACUGUCGAAAAAGAAGGCGAAGAGCCCAUCACAACAGUCACUGUUACUCCUGCGCUAGAAGAAGAACAACCAAAACCAAUUAAGACCGUGGAACUGCCGGAAGAAAUAGCUGAAGAGACCGAAACUACUCCUGAAGGUAAGACGAUUAAAAAGAAAACUAUUAAGAGGAUCAUAAAGCGAAAGAAGGGACCAAUCACAGAGACCACACAAAUCACCACUGAACAAGAAGACGACAAAACACCAAUCAUUUCAGUACACACAAGCGAAGAAUUCACAGAUGACACAGUCAUUCCAUUCGAGAACACACAACUUUAUGACAACGCUAAAAUCAUCGAGGAGGAACCUGAAAAAGUGGAAAUCUCCCAGGUUCGCACAGAAACUGGUGAAGUCAAAAAGGUAAAAACUACUAAGCGCGUCAUCAAAAAGGGUCCCAAGAAUGAAGUAACCGAAAUAACAACUGUCGAAAAAGAAGGCGAAGAGCCCAUCACAACAGUCACUGUUACUCCUGCGCCAGAAGAAGAACAACCAAAACCAAUUAAGACCGUGGAACUGCCAGAAGAAGUAGCUGAAGAGACCGAAACUACUCCUGAAGGUAAGACGAUUAAGAAGAAAACGAUUAAGAGGGUCAUUAAGCGUAAGAAGGGACCAAUCUCAGAAACUACACAAAUGACCACUGAACAAGAAGAUGACCAAACACCAAUCGUGUCAGUACACACUAUUGAAGAAAUAACACACGACACAAUUACACCUUUUGAUGAAAAACUCUCACAUGAGAAAGCAAAAAGAGUCGAGGAAGCACCUGAGAAGGUCGAAAUCACGCAAGUACGAACCGAAACCGGUGAUGUCAAAAAGAUAAAAACUACAAAACGCGUAAUCAAAAAGGGACCUAAGGAACCGGUAACUGAGAUAACAACUAUUGAAAAGGAGGGUGAAGAACCCAUUACGACAGUGACGGUUGUCGAAGAACCAACCGAAGAACAAGCAGCACCAGUAGAGACAAUCGAGCUACCAGAAGAGGUAGCAGAAGAGUCACAAACGACGCCCGAAGGUAAGUCGGUCACUAAGAAAACUACAAAGAGAAUUAUCAAGCGCAAGAAGGGCCCACUUACAGAAACCACACAAAUCACCACUGAACAAAUUGAUGAUGAUACACCUAUCAUAUCAGUACACACAACACAAGAAAUAACAGAUGACACAACUACACCUUUCGAUGAAAAACGCACACCUAAACACGCUAUGGUCGUAGAAGAAGUUCCCGAAAAGGUCGAAAUCACGCAAGUACGAACCGAAACUGGUGAUGUUAAAAAGAUAAAAACUACAAAACGUGUAAUAAAAAAGGGACCUAAAGAACCGUUAACUGAAAUAACAACUAUUGAAAAGGAGGGUGAAGAACCCAUUACGACAGUGACUGUUGUCAAAGAACCAACCGAAGAACAAGCAACACCAGAAGAGACCAUCGAGCUACCAGAAGAGAUGGCAGAAGAGUCACAAACGACGCCCGAAGGUAAGUCGGUCACUAAGAAAACUACAAAGAGAAUCAUCAAGCGCAAGAAGGGCCCACUUACAGAAACCACACAAAUCACCACUGAACAAAUUGAUGAUGAUACACCUAUCAUAUCAGUACACACAACACAAGAAAUAACAGAUGACACAACUACACCUUUCGAUGACAAACACACACCUAAACACGCUAUGGUCGUAGAAGAAGUUCCCGAAAAGGUCGAAAUAACGCAAGUACGAACUGAAACUGGUGAUGUCAAAAAGAUAAAAAUUACAAAACGCGUAAUCAAAAAGGGUCCUAAUGAACCGGUAACUGAAAUAACAACUAUUGAGAAGGAGGGUGAAGAACCCAUUACGACAGUGACUGUUGUCGAAGAACCAACCGAAGAACAAGCAACACCAGAAGAGACCAUCGAGCUACCAGAAGAGGUGGCAGAAGAGUCACAAACGACGCCCGUAGGUAAGUCGGUCACUAAGAAAACUACAAAGAGAAUCACCAAGCGCAAGAAGGGCCCACUCACAGAAACCACACAAAUCACCACUGAACAAAUUGAUGAUGAUACACCUAUCAUAUCAGUACACACAACACAAGAAAUAACAGAUGAUACAACUACACCUUUCGAUGACAAAAACACACCUAAACACGCUAAGGUCGUAGAAGAAGCUCCCGAAAAGGUCGAAAUAACGCAAGUACGAACCGAAACUGGUGAUGUCAAAAGGAUAAAAACUACCAAACGCGUUAUCAAAAAGGGACCUAAAGAACCGGUUACUGAGAUAACAACCAUCGAAAAAGAAGGCGAAGAGCCAAUUACAACAGUGACGGUUAUCGAAGAACCAACCGAAGAACAAGCAUCACCAGAAAAGACCAUUGAGCUGCCAGAACAGUCACAAACGACGCCUGAAGGUAAGUCGGUCACUAAGAAAACUACAAAGAGAAUCAUAAAGCGAAAGAAGGGCCCACACACAGAAACCACACAAAUCACCACUGAACAAAUUGAUGAUGAUACACCUAUCAUAUCAGUACUCACAACACAAGAAAUUACAGAUGAUACAACUACACCUUUCGAUGACAAAUACACACCCAAGCACGCUAUUGUCGUAGACGAAGUCCCUGAGAAGGUCGAAGUCACUCAAGUAAGAACCGAAACUGGCGAUGUUAAAAAGGUCAAAACGACGAGACGUGUGAUCAAAAAAGGACCUAAAGAACCGGUAACUGAGAUAACAACAAUCGAAAAAGAAGGCGACGAGCCCAUUACAACAGUGUCGGUUGUCGAAGAACCAACCGAAGAACAAGCAACACCAGUAGAGACCAUCGAGCUUCCAGAAGAGGUUGCAGAAGAGACACAAACGACGCCUGAAGGUAAGUCCGUCACUAAGAAAACUACAAAGAGAAUCAUCAAGCGAAAGAAGGGCCCACUCACAGAAACCACACAAAUCACCACUGAACAAACUGAUGAUGAUACACCUAUCAUAUCAGUACACACAACACAAGAAAUAACAGAUGACACAACUACACCUUUCGAUGACAAACACACACCUAAACACGCUAUGGUCGUAGAGGAAGUUCCCGAAAAGGUCGAAAUCACGCAAGUACGAACCGAAACUGGUGAUGUCAAAAAGAUAAAAACAACAAAACGCGUAAUCAAAAAGGGACCUAAAGAACCGGUAACUGAAAUAACAACUAUUGAAAAGGAGGGUGAAGAACCCAUUACAACAGUGACGGUUAUCGAAAAACCAACCGAAGAACAAGCAACACGAGUAGAGACCAUCGAGCUACCAGAAGAGGUGACAGAAGAGUCACAAACGACGCCUGAAGGUAAGUCGGUCACUAAGAAAACUACAAAGAGAAUCAUCAAGCGCAAGGGCCCACUUACAGAAACCACACAAAUCACCACUGAACAAAUUGAUGAUGAUACACCUAUCGUAGCAGUACACACUACACACGAAAUCACAGAUGACACUACUACACCUUUCGAUGACAAAUACACACCCAAACACGCUAUUGUCGUAGACGAAGCCCCUGAGAAGGUCGAAGUCACUCAAGUAAGAACCGAAACUGGCGAUGUUAAAAAGGUCAAAACGACGAGACGUGUGAUCAAAAAAGGACCUAAAGAACCGGUAACUGAGAUAACAACAAUCGAAAAAGAAGGCGACGAGCCCAUUACAACAGUGUCGGUUGUCGAAGAACCAACCGAAGAACAAGCAACACCAGUAGAGUCCAUCGAGCUUCCAGAAGAGGUUGCAGAAGAGACACAAACGACGCCUGAAGGUAAGUCGGUCACUAAGAAAACUACAAAGAGAAUCAUCAAGCGAAAGAAGGGCCCACACACAGAAACCACACAAAUCACCACUGAACAAAUUGAUGAUGAUACACCUAUCAUAUCAGUACUCACAACACAAGAAAUUACAGAUGACACAACUACACCUUUCGAUGACAAAUACACACCCAAACACGCUAUUGUCGUAGACGAAGCUCCUGAGAAGUUCGAAGUCACUCAAGUAAGAACCGAAACUGGCGAUGUUAAAAAGGUCAAAACGACGAAACGUGUGAUCAAAAAAGGACCUAAAGAACCGGUAACUGAGAUAACAACAAUCGAAAAAGAAGGCGAAGAGCCCAUUACAACAGUGACGGUUGUCGAAGAACCAACCGAAGAACAAGCAACACCAGUAGAGACCAUCGAGCUUCCAGAAGAGGUUGCAGAAGAGACACAAACGACGCCUGAAGGUAAGUCCGUCACUAAGAAAACUACAAAGAGAAUCAUCAAGCGAAAGAAGGGCCCACUUACAGAAACCACACAAAUCACCACUGAACAAAUUGAUGAUGAUACACCUAUCAUAUCAGUACUCACAACACAAGAAAUCACAGAUGACACAACUACACCUUUCGAUGACAAACAUACACCUAAACACGCUCAGGUCGUAGAAGAAGCUCCCGAAAAGGUCGAAAUCACCCAAGUACGAACCGAAACUGGUAAUGUCAAAAAGAUAAAAACUACAAAACGCGUUAUCAAAAAGGGACCUAAAGGGCCAUUAACAGAAAUAACAACAAUCGAAAAGGAUGGUGAAGAACCCAUUACAACAGUGACGGUUGUCGAAGAACCAACCGAAGAACAAGCAACACCAGUAGAGACAAUCGAGCUACCAGAAGAGGUGGCAGAGGAGUCACAAACGACGCCUGAAGGUAAGUCGGUCACUAAGAAAACUACAAAGAGAAUCAUCAAGCGAAAGAAGGGCCCACACACAGAAACCACACAAAUCACCACUGAACAAAUUGAUGAUGAUACACCUAUCAUAUCAGUACUCACAACACAAGAAAUUACAGAUGAUACAACUACACCUUUCGAUGACAAAUACACACCCAAACACGCUAUUGUCGUAGACGAAGUCCCUGAGAAGGUCGAAGUCACUCAAGUAAGAACCGAAACUGGCGAUGUUAAAAAGGUCAAAAUAACGAGACGUGUGAUCAAAAAAGGACCUAAAGAACCGGUAACUGAGAUAACAACAAUCGAAAAAGAAGGCGACGAGCCCAUUACAACAGUGUCGGUUGUCGAAGAACCAACCGAAGAACAAGCAACACCAGUAGAGACCAUCGAGCUUCCAGAAGAGGUUGCAGAAGAGACACAAACGACGCCUGAAGGUAAGUCCGUCACUAAGCAAACUACAAAGAGAAUCAUCAAGCGAAAGAAGGGCCCACUCACAGAAACCACACAAAUCACCACUGAACAAACUGAUGAUGAUACACCUAUCAUAUCAGUACACACAACACAAGAAAUAACAGAUGACACAACUACACCUUUCGAUGACAAACACACACCUAAACACGCUAUGGUCGUAGAGGAAGUUCCCGAAAAGGUCGAAAUCACGCAAGUACGAACCGAAACUGGUGAUGUCAAAAAGAUAAAAACUACAAAACGCGUAAUCAAAAAGGGACCUAAAGGGCCAAUAACAGAAAUAACAACAAUCGAAAAGGAUGGUGAAGAACCCAUUACAACAGUGACGGUUGUCGAAGAACCAACCGAAGAACAAGCAACACCAGUAGAGACAAUCGAGCUACCAGAAGAGGUGGCAGAGGAGUCACAAACGACGCCUGAAGGUAAGUCGGUCACUAAGAAAACUACAAAGAGAAUCAUAAAGCGAAAGAAGGGCCCACACACAGAAACCACACAAAUCACCACUGAACAAAUUGAUGAUGAUACACCUAUCAUAUCAGUACUCACAACACAAGAAAUUACAGAUGAUACAACUACACCUUUCGAUGACAAAUACACACCCAAUCACGCUAUUGUCGUAGACGAAGUCCCUGAGAAGGUCGAAGUCACUCAAGUAAGAACCGAAACUGGCGAUGUUAAAAAGGUCAAAACGACGAGACGUGUGAUCAAAAAAGGACCUAAAGAACCGGUAACUGAGAUAACAACAAUCGAAAAAGAAGGCGACGAGCCCAUUACAACAGUGUCGGUUGUCGAAGAACCAACCGAAGAACAAGCAACACCAGUAGAGACCAUCGAGCUUCCAGAAGAGGUUGCAGAAGAGACACAAACGACGCCUGAAGGUAAGUCCGUCACUAAGAAAACUACAAAGAGAAUCAUCAAGCGAAAGAAGGGCCCACUCACAGAAACCACACAAAUCACCACUGAACAAACUGAUGAUGAUACACCUAUCAUAUCAGUACACACAACACAAGAAAUAACAGAUGACACAACUACACCUUUCGAUGACAAACACACACCUAAACACGCUAUGGUCGUAGAGGAAGUUCCCGAAAAGGUCGAAAUCACGCAAGUACGAACCGAAACUGGUGAUGUCAAAAAGAUAAAAACAACAAAACGCGUAAUCAAAAAGGGACCUAAAGAACCGGUAACUGAAAUAACAACUAUUGAAAAGGAGGGUGAAGAACCCAUUACAACAGUGACGGUUAUCGAAAAACCAACCGAAGAACAAGCAACACGAGUAGAGACCAUCGAGCUACCAGAAGAGGUGACAGAAGAGUCACAAACGACGCCUGAAGGUAAGUCGGUCACUAAGAAAACUACAAAGAGAAUCAUCAAGCGCAAGGGCCCACUUACAGAAACCACACAAAUCACCACUGAACAAAUUGAUGAUGAUACACCUAUCGUAGCAGUACACACUACACACGAAAUCACAGAUGACACUACUACACCUUUCGAUGACAAAUACACACCCAAACACGCUAUUGUCGUAGACGAAGCCCCUGAGAAGGUCGAAGUCACUCAAGUAAGAACCGAAACUGGCGAUGUUAAAAAGGUCAAAACGACGAGACGUGUGAUCAAAAAAGGACCUAAAGAACCGGUAACUGAGAUAACAACAAUCGAAAAAGAAGGCGACGAGCCCAUUACAACAGUGUCGGUUGUCGAAGAACCAACCGAAGAACAAGCAACACCAGUAGAGUCCAUCGAGCUUCCAGAAGAGGUUGCAGAAGAGACACAAACGACGCCUGAAGGUAAGUCGGUCACUAAGAAAACUACAAAGAGAAUCAUCAAGCGAAAGAAGGGCCCACACACAGAAACCACACAAAUCACCACUGAACAAAUUGAUGAUGAUACACCUAUCAUAUCAGUACUCACAACACAAGAAAUUACAGAUGACACAACUACACCUUUCGAUGACAAAUACACACCCAAACACGCUAUUGUCGUAGACGAAGCUCCUGAGAAGUUCGAAGUCACUCAAGUAAGAACCGAAACUGGCGAUGUUAAAAAGGUCAAAACGACGAAACGUGUGAUCAAAAAAGGACCUAAAGAACCGGUAACUGAGAUAACAACAAUCGAAAAAGAAGGCGAAGAGCCCAUUACAACAGUGACGGUUGUCGAAGAACCAACCGAAGAACAAGCAACACCAGUAGAGACCAUAGAGCUACCAGAAGAGGUGGUAGAAGAGAUACAAACGACACCUGAAGGUAAGUCGGUCACUAAGAAAACUACAAAGAGAAUCAUAAAGCGUAAGAAAGGACCACUCACGGAAACUACACAAAUCACCACUGAACAAGUAGAUGACGAAACACCUAUCAUAUCAGUACACACAACACAAGACAUUACCGAUGACACUACUACACCAUUCGAUGACAAGCACACACCCAAACACGCUAAGGUGGUAGAAGAAGCGCCUGAGAAGGUCGAAGUCACUCAAGUACGAACUGAAACUGGCGAUGUUAAAAAGGUCAAAACCACGAAACGUGUGAUCAAAAAGGGACCUAAAGAACCGGUAACUGAGAUAACAACAAUCGAAAAAGAAGGCGAAGAGCCCAUUACAACAGUGACUGUUGUCGAAGAACCAACCGAAGAACAAGCAACACCAGUAGAGACCAUCGAGCUUCCAGAAGAGGUGGCAGAAGAGACACAAACGACGCCUGAAGGUAAGUCGGUCACUAAGAAAACUACAAAGAGAAUCAUCAAGCGAAAGAAGGGCCCACUCACAGAAACCACACAAAUCACCACUGAACAAGUAGAUGACGAAACACCUAUCAUAUCAGUACACACAACACAAGAAAUUACAGAUGACACAACUACACCUUUCGAUAACACACACACACCCAAACACGCUAAGGUCGUAGAAGAAGCUCCUGAGAAGGUCGAAAUCACGCAAGUACGAACCGAAACUGGUGAUGUUAAAAAGAUAAAAACUACGAAACGCGUUAUCAAAAAGGGACCUAAAGAACCGGUUACUGAGAUAACAACUAUUGAAAAGGAGGGCGAAGAACCCAUUACAACAGUGACGGUCGUCGAAGAACCAACCGAAGAACUAGCAACACCAGUAGAGACCAUCGAGCUACCAGAAGAGGUGGCAGAAGAGACACAAACGACGCCUGAAGGUAAGUCGGUCACUAAGAAAACUACUAAGAGAAUCAUAAAGCGUAAGAAGGGACCACUGACAGAAACUACACAAAUCACCACUGAACAAGUAGAUGACGAAACACCUAUCAUAUCAGUACACACAACUCAAGAAAUUACAGAUGACACAACUACACCUUUCGAUAACACACACACACCCAAACACGCUAAGGUCGUAGAAGAAGCUCCUGAGAAGGUCGAAAUCACGCAAGUACGAACCGAAACUGGUGAUGUUAAAACGAUACAAACUACCAAACGCGUUAUCAAAAAGGGACCUAAAGAACCGGUUACUGAGAUAACAACUAUUGAAAAGGAGGGUGAAGAACCCAUUACAACAGUGACGGUUGUCGAAGAACCCACUGAAGAACUAGCAACACCAGUAGAGACCAUCGAGCUACCAGAAGAGGUGGCAGAAGAGACACAAACGACGCCUGAAGGUAAGUCGGUCACUAAGAAAACUACAAAGAGAAUCAUAAAGCGUAAGAAGGAACCACUCACAGAAACUACACAAAUCACCACUGAACAAGUAGAUGACGAAACACCUAUCAUAUCAGUACACACAACACAAGAAAUUACAGAUGACACAAUUACACCUUUCGAUAACACACACACACUCAAACACGCUAAGGUCGUAGAAGAAGCUCCUGAGAAGGUCGAAAUCACGCAAGUACGAACCGAAACUGGUGAUGUUAAAAAGAUAAAAACUACCAAACGCGUUAUCAAAAAGGGACCUAAAGAACCGGUUACUGAGAUAACAACUAUUGAAAAGGAGGGCGAAGAACCCAUUACAACAGUGACGGUCGUCGAAGAACCAACCGAAGAACUAGCAACACCAGUAGAGACCAUCGAGCUACCAGAAGAGGUGGCAGAAGAGACAAAAACGACGCCCGAAGGUAAGUCUGCCACUAAGAAAACUACAAAGAGAAUCAUCAAGCGUAAGAAGGGAACACUCACAGAAACUACACAAAUCACCACUGAACAAGUAGAUGACGAAACACCUAUCAUAUCAGUACACACAACACAAGACAUUACAGAUGACACAACUACACCUUUCGAUAACACACACACACCCAAACACGCUAAGGUCGUAGAAGAAGCUCCUGAGAAGGUCGAAAUCACGCAAGUACGAACCGAAACUGGUGAUGUUAAAAAGAUAAAAACUACUAAACGCGUUAUCAAAAAGGGACCUAAAGAACCGGUUACUGAGAUAACAACUAUUGAAAAGGAGGGUGAAGAACCCAUUACAACAGUGACGGUCAUCGAAGAACCAACCGCAGAACUAGCAACACCAGUAGAGACCAUCGAGCUACCAGAAGAGGUGGCAGAAGAGACAGAAACGACGCCUGAAGGUAAGUCGGUCACUAAGAAAACUACAAAGAGAAUCAUAAAGUGUAAGAAGGGACCACUUACAGAAACUACACAAAUCACCACUGAACAAGUAGAUGACGAAACACCUAUCAUGUCAGUACACACAACACAAGAAAUUACAGAUGACACAACUACACCUUUCGAUAACACACAUACACCCAAACACGCUAAGGUCGUAGAAGAAGCUCCUCAAAAAGUACAAAUAACGCAAGUACGAACUGAAACUGGUGACGUUAAAAAGAUGAAAACGGUAGUUUUAGUAGAUGACGAAACACCUAUCAUACUAGUACACACAACACAAAAAAUUACAGAUGACACAACUACACCUUUCUAUAACACUCACACACCCAAACACUCUAAGGUCGUAGAAGAAGCUCCUGAAAAUGUAGAAAUCACGCAAGUACGAACUGAAACUGGUGAUGUUAUAAAGAUGAAAACUACUAAACGCGUUAUCAAAAAGGGGCCUAAAGAACCGGUUACUGAGAUAACAACUAUUGAAAAGGAGGGCGAAGAACCCAUUACAACAGUGACGGUCGUCAAAGAACCAACCGAAGAACAAGCAACACCAGAAGAGACCAUCGAGCUACCAGAAGACAUUGUAGAAGAGAUUCAAACGAGGCCUGAAGAUCUUGAACCUGUAGGUCCCAGUUCGGUGGAUGAAAAGAAGAGUAAGAAGCCAAAGAAGAAAGAGAAGACAGAACCUACUUCAAGCAAGCCGAUAGAAGAAAAGCCUGUUGAAGACAAUGAAGUCAUAGCACAAAAUCGUGAAAUAAAACAACCCAAGCCACUGAAGAAAAAAUUGAUACCGUUGAAAAUUGAAAGGAUAUCUAUGGAUGUUAAUAAAGCCCAGUUUGCUGAACAAGUCGAAGGACCACAAUUCAUAAAAUUAAAGUUGAAAAAGCCUGUCCAAAAACCUAAAUCAGAACAGUCAACAGUAACUCUACCUAAAUUCCAGUUAAAAAGUCGCAUUAAACACAUAACCGACUGGCCACCUGAAGAAUUACGACCAAUGAUCAGUUACAUGAACAGUGUCCGUCAAAAUGGGGAGCUGUCAAGAAACAUUAAGGAAGCAGCUAAAAUUAAGAAAAAGCCUCUGAAACUUAAGAAAAUUGAUGCAGAAAAACCCGACUUGGAAAAGCCAGAAGAAUUCGAAUUUACUUCAAAUAAGGAUGUUCCCGAAAAAAUACAGGAAACCCCAAAAGAUACGCCCGAUGAAAAGAAAACAGAGCCUGCUGACACUUCUAAAGAUCAAACAGAAAAGGUGGUACAAAAACCAGAUAACGCAGAAAAACCUAAGAAAGCGAAACCAAAACUUAUUCCACAAAAAAUAGAAAGGAAAGUUCUUGAAAUGGAGAAACCACAGCACGCUGAAAGUGUUGAUGCACCUCAAUUUAACCAAAUUAAGCUUAAGAAGACUGUCGCGAAACCCAAGCAAGAUAGCUCCAACGUAUCUCUUCCUAAGUUCCAGCUAAAAAGUCGUAUAAGAUACGUGACAGAUUGGCCCCCAAAUAUUAUUGAGCCUGCCAUAAGCUUUUUAGGUAGUGUUCGUCAGAAUGGAAUACUAUCGAGAAAUGUACAGGAAGCUGCUAAAAUUAAGAAAAAACCCAUCAAACAACCUAAGUUACCAGAGGCUGUAAAAACUGAACUUGAAAAACCCAGUUUUGGCCGGGAAGAUAUAGUAGAAGCAGUAAAGCAAAGCGUUCCGGAGGAGGAUGAAGUUUCUAUUGAGGAACCAAAGGACGAGCAUGCUGAAUUCACCAUAAACAGGCGUCCGAGUGUCAAAAUACACGAAGAAAUUGUCGAUGAAGUAACAAUAAAGAAGAAAUUGAAACCAACAAGGAAACCCUCUGUCACGUUGCCCGAAAUAACAGAACCAGAAACAGUUACAUUCAGGCCUAAAUCAACUAAAACAAAGGAAGACGUCGAACAAGAGUUCAACAUUCAACUAGAUUCAUAUGCUGAGGAGGAAAUUUCUAUGUCAAGUAAAGUAAAAUUAAAGCCACAAAGACAACCAACGUUUAGCGAAGAAGCUGGAGAAGCUUCAAUUAAGUUCUACGAAGAAGAAGAUGGCCCAGAUGUGGUGGAAAUAAUAGAAAGCGACGAUGAAAAGGAGGACGAAACAGCGAACGUAAUGAUGCCAAUGAAAAAGAAGCCAAAGAAACAUGUUACUGAAAGUUCUGAAGAUGUCAGCGUGACGAUGACUAAACCAAAGUCCUUUGAUAGAUCAGAAAUCAUAGAAGAUGUAAACAUAAAACUGGAGAGAAAACCCAAAUAUGUAAUUGAUGAUCAAGAAGAAGUUACCUUUGACGUAAAACCGCAAAUGGAGCAUUUUUCGACGGAAGAAUUGUCUUUGUCGAGUAAAAUAAAACUGAAACCGAAGAAAAAAGUGGUUGUGUCUGAAGCAGCUGACGAGCAUUCUAUACAGCUAACUCAAGAAAUCGAAGACGACAGUCAGGCAGAAGAAAUUAUACUUAGCGAUGUCGAGUCUGAAGAAAAUGUACAAAUGUUUAUCAAACGUAAACCUAAGAAACCUACAUAUGAAGUCAGUGAGGUAGAAGAAUUGAGCGUGGAACUUAAGCCAAAAAGAAUGAAUGAAAUUGAAUUUGAGGAAGAACAGUUAACAAUUUUAGCUAAACGAAAGCCAAGGAAACCAUCGCAACUUCAAGAAGCCGAGGCCUCAAUGAAAAUUUCAAGGGAAAUCGAUUUCCCAGACACUCCACUCGAUGUACGAAGUGGCGAUACUGUCUUUGCGGUAUACUCGUAUGUAGCAGAAACAGAUGAGGCUAUCAACCUUGUCGAAGGCGAACGUUUAUACAUAUUGGAAACAACGAACCAGGACUGGUGGUUUGUCUGCAAACACCUCACUGAAGAAAAAGGUUUCGUUCCUGCGCAAUAUUUAAUGGAUGAAGAAAACUAUACAUUAUACCUGCAAAAGAAACUAAAUGAGAAGAUUGAUAAGCUGCCAGUAUUUGAAAAACCUACACCCGAAGAACAAGCCGUAGCUCCUAUAUUCGUAGAGAAAUUACGUCCAAAACAUACUCCAGAUGGUUCAACAGUGCAAUUUGAAUGUCAAGUGGAAGGAUUCCCAAGACCACAGAUUACGUGGUUCAGGCAAACCGCUAUCAUUAAACCAUCUCAAGAUUUUCAAAUGUACUACGAUGAUGACAAUGUCGCCACUUUGGUUAUUAGGGAAGUUUUUCCUGAAGAUGCAGGAACGUUUACCUGUGUGGCUAAAAACGCCGCAGGCUUUGCGUCUAGUACUACGGAACUCAUAGUAGAAGCACCUCUCUCAGAUCAUGGAUCGGAAAUGACAAUUUUAUCCAGAAAAAGUCUAUCGAGGGAAUCGUCUUUGGCUGAUAUUUUAGAAGGUAUACCACCGACUUUCUCUAAGAAACCAAAGGCUCAAUAUGUCAACGAAGGCUCACAAAUCUUCCUAGAAUGCAGACUCGUAGCAAUUCCAGAACCAGAUAUAGCAUGGUUUUUCAAAGGAGAAGAAAUUGUCCCUGAUGAAAAUAUUUCUAUAGCUACAGAGUCCGACAUGCACAUGUAUUGUAGUGUUCUAAAAAUAUCAAAUGUCAAGAAACUGCAAGAAGGUACUUAUACAGUACUAGCCGUUAAUAGAGAAGGAGAAGCCAGUCUGCCUAUAGUUCUUAAGAUAAAAACGGGCCAAAAAGAGAAACCUCAGGUUAUAGAACCAUUGAAAAGCUUAACAAUAAGAGAAGGUGAAAGUGUAGUUCUUUCUGCUCAAGUGGUUGGCAACCCUCAACCUACUGUAACGUGGUAUCGAAACAAUAAACCCAUACCAUCUCUGCCUACAAAAUCCGAUGGCGAGACCCACACAGUAACAAUAAUUAAACCUCGAAAAGGAAAGGAUGAUGGCGUGUAUACAAUCAAGGCUGUCAAUAGUGAAGGAUCUGCUGAAACAAGUGCCGUUAUCACUAUUGAAGAACCGACAGAAGAAAACGCAGAGCCACCAUUAUUUAUAAACAGGUUCCAGGAAAUUACAGUCAAAGAAAAGGGUACUAUUAAACUGUCUGCUAAAGUCACUGGAAAUCCAGUUCCUUCGAUUACAUGGUACAGAAAUAAUAAAAUUAUCACUCCUUCGGAAACUGUAACUCAGAACUUCGACGGUGAGAAUAUUGAAUUGGUGAUAGCUAACGUAGAUUCCGAAAUAGACUCCGGAGAUUACAAAUGUGUAGCAUCAAACAGUGCUGGCAAAGCAUCGCAUGGAGCACGGGUUACUAUUGAUGUAGAAAAGGUCACAUUUGUCAAAAAGUUAAGAAACACUUACGAAACUGAAGAAGGUAAAACAAUAAUUUUAGAAUGUCAGACUUCUCAUACAGUAUCUACAAAAUGGUAUCAUAAUGAUAAAGAACUGAGCGGAAUGGAUCAUAGAGAAAUAAUACAAGAGGGGCGUACCCAUAAACUCCGUAUUAAAAAGACGAAAUUAACAGAUAAAGGUGUAAUUAAAUGUGUAGUAAAAGACCAAGAAACCAAUGCAAAACUUCAAGUACAUGAAACAAUUCCGGAAUUCACCCGAAGGCUGCAAGACUUUGAAGUAAAAGAGAAAGAUGUGGCUAUAUUAGAGGUUGAAAUAAAUUCUGAGACAGCAGAUGUUGUUUGGGAAAGAGAUGGUGAAAAAAUCAAAGCGAAGAAAAAUAAAUACGAACUAGAAAAGCGCGGUAAUGUCCGAAAACUGCUUAUACGAAACACUUCAGUUCAUGACGAAGGUGAAUAUACUUGCAUUCUUCGGGACGAUAUGUGUACUGCAGAAGUAACAGUAGUAGAAUUGCCACCUGAAAUAAUUUCACGCCUUCAAGACCAAAAAGUUAACAAAGGAAACAAAGCCACAUUUGAUAUCGAGCUAACGAAAGGUGACGCCUUAGUGCAAUGGUUUAAAGAUGGAGAAGAAAUUCAGUUUUCUAACCAUAUGCAACUUACAAUUGAUGGUAAAAAACAAAAAUUGAAAAUAUACGAUUGUGACGAUGACGAUGCGGGGGAAUAUGCUUGCGAAGUCGGAAGCGACAGAUGCUCUGCUAAACUUGUGGUAGAAGAACCUUCGGUAGAUUUUACUCUUCGGCUUCCGGAAGUGAUUACAGUUCCUGCAAAUACUGAUGCGUACCUCACAGUUGAAAUACCAGAUGAAAAUUACAGUGUCACCUGGUAUAAAAAGAAAACCGUCAUAGGAGAUACAGAGAAGUUUACUUUAAUAUCCGACGUUAAAAAGCGUACUCUCAUAAUUAGGAACUGUACUGAAGAAGAUCAAACCGAAUAUACAGUUUCUUUAUUAGACGCAAAAUGUUCGACCAAAUUAAAAGUUGAAGUUCUCGAAUCUCCACCCAAAAUACUUGAUUUCGAGAGUGAAUACAAAAUAAAGAGAGGUGGUGACGUAACCCUUUUAGUUCAAUAUGAAGCACUACCACAACCAGCAGACGAAUGGGUGGUGAAUUCUAAGAUAAUUAAGAAAACGAAGCAUACAAAACCAUCUAUUGAUUCUGAAAGUGCUAGUCUAACUAUUAAAAAAGUUGAAAAUACUGAUGCUGGAACAUACAAACUACGUCUUAUCAACAACUCUGGUGAAGCUGAAGUAGAAAUAAACGUAGUGGUCAUGGAUAUUUCAUCGCCACCAGGAAAACCCACGCCAUUAGAAACAGAUGAUACGUCAAUAAAUAUAUGUUGGAAUGAACCGGAAAAUAACGGAAACUCCGUAAUAAUAUGUUACAUCGUUGAGUACCAGGAAAUAAAUACAACAGAGUGGAUAUCUAUUGAAAAUGUAACAAAAACUCAACAUUGUGUAGACAACCUAAAAACUAAAUCUUCAUAUAGGUUUAGAAUAUUUGCAGUCAAUGAAGUAGGCGUUAGCGAAGCUUCAGAUAUAUCGGAAUAUGUGGUAGUUGAACAGGUGACGAAGAAACAGCCACCUUCGGUAGAGAAACCACUAAAAGAUAUUGUCAUAGGACCUAAUGAAGAUAUAGAAUUAUCGUGUAUUUUCGGUGGCAUACCACAGCCUAAGGUGGUAUGGUCUAAGGAUGGUAAAAAGCUUAAAACUGCUAAAGCUAGUUAUGAUAACAGAGUAGCGACUCUUGUUGUCACUUCCACGUUAACUUCAGAAGGGCAAUACAAGUGUACCGCUUCUAACGAACUUGGUGAAGUAGAAACAACGUGUAUCCUAGAGAUUCAACAAAAACCAAUCAUAAUUGUGUCCGAAGAAGAAAUAAACCAAAGGCACAAAGUAGAUGAAGAAUGGUCUGUAACUGCUACUUUCGAAGGUAUACCGAAGCCCAACAUAAUAUGGUAUAGAAACGGAACUAGAAUAGAGAGUAGUAAAGAAUUGGAAAUAAUUACUACAGAGACAACAAGUAUUAUAAGGAUACGUAAACUGAAUCGAUCACAUUCAAGCAAAUAUACUGUGGAGGCACAAAACAAAGCGGGCAGUAGUUCAGUAGAACUAUCGCUUAAAGUUUACGACAAACCUAGCAGGCCCGAGGGCCCUGUGAUAAUGAGAGAGAUUAGUCGGGAAUCUGUAACCAUUGAAUGGAAGCCUCCCGUCGAUGACGGCGGCUUAGAACUAACUAAAUAUGCCAUUGAAAAACACGAGCCGGACACAAACGAGUGGGUGAAGGUGGCAGACGUCGAUAAGGCUGUAGAAACAUACUGCAUACAGCGACUGAACGAGAACUGCGAGUAUAUGUUCCGAGUGAUGGCCCAGAAUCCGAUUGGAUACUCUGAAGCAUUAGAGAGCGAGCCUAUAGUCAUAAAGCACGCUUUAGAUGUACCAUCUCCACCUCUGGGACCCCUUGGUAUCUACGGUAUCAGCAGUGAUUCGUUGACAAUAACCUGGUACCCCUCCGAGAAGAACGGCGGCUCCCCAAUCCUCGACUACAGCGUGGAAAUCAAACAAGAAGGCAAAAAAUGGAAACACGUCGCUACAGUGACCAAGACGACGGCCAAAAUAGAAAAGUUGGCCGCCAACGUCACGUAUGAGUUUAGAAUAUGCGCUAGAAACGAGAUUGGUAGCAGCCUACCAUACAUUUCAGAUGAAAAAGUGACAAUAGGACAGACGCGCUCCCCGCCGUCUCAGCCGCUAAAGUUCGUGAUCAAGGAUGCCACGUCGAGGUCUGUCACGCUACAAUGGGCUGCGCCGGAGAGCGACGGUGGAAGCGCCAUAACCAAUUACAUAAUAGAAUACAAGACUGUGAAAGGUAGUUCAUGGAGCAAGGUUAUAACCGUUGGAGGCUCAGUAUACGAGCACUGCAUAGAGAAUAUCAAGGACAAGGAGAUUGUGUUUAGGAUAUCCGCCGAGAAUGCAAUCGGAGUUGGUCCUGCUACCGAGUCACAGAUGGUACACUUGGAAAAGCAUGCAACUGUGCCAUCACCGCCGACGGCACCGCUUGAGAUAAGAACGGUCGGCAGCAACAUCGUGAUGACGUCCUGGGGCACGCCCGAAUGGGACGGAGGUGCACCCCUGCAGGGCUACAACAUCGCCAUCCGUGACGUCACCAAGACUAUGUGGAUGGAGGUCGGCAAAGUCGACGCGAACACGCUCAAGUUCAAUAUCAGGGAUCUGAGCGAGGACCAUACGUAUAUGAUUAGGAUAUACGCGAGAAACGAGAUAGGGAUUAGCGAGCCACUCGAAUCUGAUGAACCAUUCAAGGUCCUGCCUGGAGAAGGAGAAUCACACGGCGACGAGGAGCUAGGCGAGCACACGGAAGCGACGGAGCCCACGUCGUUCAGCACGCAGACCACGACCUCGUGGAUGCGGGAGCACAACAUGGACGCAGACAUCCGCUCCUACGCGCGCGGCUCGCUGCUGCGCCGCGACGAGUACUUCUUCAGGAUAUGGCACUACGCCAAACAGCUCUUCAAGUGACAACAACACCGCACCGAACCAGCACCUGUGAUAUUUAAAACGACAUAGUUCGCGGAUAGUAGAAGCGUCCAUCCUUUUAUAAUUUUAUAACAGUUUUUGUAGCGAUACAUACAUAAUUUAUUUUAGAUAAGCUUAAUUUAUUUAUUUAUUUUAAUUUAUUGCCUGACACGAUUUGAGUCCCAUCCGAUACCGUUGGGAGACGUGUUAAAUAUAGGUGCAAAAUAUUUAUUCGAUAAAUCGAAUGAGGCUCGAAUUUACGUCAGGUUUAAUUUGAAAUUGAAUAUUAUUUAUUAUAUAAGUGCAAUUAUGAAA